CAUGUCCUCUGAGGGCAACAACCCAGACUGAACCUCAAGAUGACGUACCCCAACCGAGGGCUGCUGAAGGCAGCUAUGGGACAUUACCUGACCGAGAGCGCCAGGACGGCGCUUGAAGCUAUGGAACCGGACGAAGACGUUGUAGACGUGAGUGCUGAACCACCCUCUUUUUGGAGCUGGAGUCAGAGAGGGGGAACCAGAGAGAAAUGCAAGCCGGGGAGGGGAAAUCUCUGACUCGUGUUCCUAGGCUAGGCAAUGGACAGGUCCACAUUCUGGGACCGAAGAUCAAUCUGCUUCUGGGGGAGGUUUGCUCUGUGUCCCACUAACCCACCCAGAAUCCCCCAACCUGAUGCCUGGGGCUGAUGGGAAUCAGAGUCCAAAAUGUCUGAAGGAUGCCAGGCUAAGGGCCAGCCUAGGCCACUGACACUCUGAGCACAAAGCUGUUUGGCCUAUCCCAUGCCCAAUACACUGGGCAAGCAGCAGAGUAGCUAUGUAGCUUGAAAACAUGUGCUUGAAAAUAAGUUACUGGAACUUUGUGGUGUGCUUCUGGAGCUGCAGUUGUGUGAAGCAAUUGGCAGUACCAAGCACACACUGGUGAGGCGUGGGUUUUUUGUUGCAUCCUCAAGAGAUCUUUCUAAAGAAACCCUGAAGUGAAUGGGCAACUGCAGCAACUGGUCUCCUCUCCCUGCUGACACGUGGAUGUUUUGACUCUUCCAGGUGGGGCCUGGGAAGCAGAUGCCAGCCGUGGGACCCAACCAGAUCCUGGACAUGCCACUCUUUACCAAAAUCCCUUUCCUGCCAGGCUCAAACACUAUGUUCUACAGGACCAAUUUGGGUGAAAAGGUGAACAGAGGACAUCUAUGCACGCACACAGCCACAUUUUAAAAAGGCGGGACUAAAACAUCCCACUCCCCACCCCCCGGACGAGACCACAGAUAAUUUAAAUCCCAAAGCCUGACAGAGGGGGCGGGGAAUGGCCCAGUACCUAAAGAUGUUUAAUGAUGGCUUCAGGUGAAGUUCCCUGGGGAAAGUGUUCCACAAAAGGGGAGCCGCUGCUGAAAAGGCCAUGCUCCAGUCCUAGACAAUAAAGCAUUCCAAAUAGGCAUUGCAGUUAGUUCUGUGGAACCAGCAAUGCACCUAGAACUGUGUUGACCCCUCGUUUUAAAGUAAGGUUCCCCAAGCAGUCGCCCUCCAGUUGCUCUUGGAAUACAACUCCUGAUGUCCAUAGCAGCUGGGGCUGGUGGGAGUUGUAGUCCACAAGCAUCUGGAGACCCAACAGCUUGAGGAAGAAGGCUGCCUCGGAGUCUGAGAAAUCCUUUGUUAGAAUCAUAGAAUUGUAGAGUCGGAAGGGACCCCAAGGGCCAUCUAGUUCAACCCACUGCAAUGCUGGAAUCUCCACUAAAGCAUCCCUGACAGAUGGCCAUCCCCCCGCUGCUUAAAAGCUUCCAAGGAAGGAGAGUCCACAACCUCCCGAGGGAGUCCAUUCCACUGUCAAACAGACCUUGCUGUCAGAAAGUUCUUCCUGAUACUUGAAUGGAAUGUCCUGUCUCGUUCCCUGACCCUUUUUGACGUAUUGCUGUAUGUCUGCACAGGAGGGGCUAUUGUUUUGUUUUGUUCUUGUUUUUAGCGUGCAUUUUGUGUGUUUUUAUCUUGUGUUUUUAUGCUGUGAACCUGAGAUCUUUGGAUGAAUGGUGGUAUAGGAAUAAUAAUAAUAAUAAUAAUAAUAAUAAUCCCCAGCUUUACCAGCCAUCUGCCACUUUUGACCUGAACGACCCAUACUGCAAACUCAUGGCACCCAGCUAUAAGAGCCUCCACGACCCACACCUGCGUGCCUACUACAAGCGGAAAGACAACCUGCGGAGGCUCAAAAAGGCAGGCCACAUCACCGACAAGAACAAGGCAAGUUGAGCUGCUUCAGACAUCGAUGCCGCUACAUCCCUGUGCUUUUCUAGUGAAACAAUCAGGACUGCAAAAUGACAGCCAUUUAAAAAAACAACACCAUGCCAGAAACAUUUUUUUAGAAGGCAAUCAACAAACAACACCAUUGAUGUCACCUCAAAACAGCCUAGAAGUUAUAUUAAAAGCUGCAAAUCCUAUAGAAAAAAAAUAAACAUCUUAAAGGAGUAGGGCUGUAGCAUAUCCAGGUAGGGCUAUGAGAGACUCUGGGCUUGUAACCCCACAGAGCUGCUGCCAGCCAGUGUGGGCCAUACAGAGCUAGGUGGAUUGAUCGGCAGCUUCCUGUGUUUAUAUUUAUAUCUGUCUUCUCUCCAGAGCCAUGAAGACUAGAAUCUUAGGGGAAGAGCUGUAGCUUCUGAGUAAACAGAUUUCAGACAGGGCCUUAGGAUGUCGGCACUGUUGCGGGGGAGCAUGGAAAUGCACAGAGGACUCUUGAACUUUUCCCAUGGCAUAGCUGUCAAUGUUUUCCUUUUGUAAAGGGAAAUUUCCUUAUUCCGAAUAGGAUUCCUUGCAAGAAAAGGGAAAAGUUGACAGCUAUGUCCCAUGGUGGCUCAGAGAUGGAAAGAAGAUAAAGUCCCUACCAGAGAAGAAUAGCAGAUUAAGUUGAUAGAUUAUGCAGAAAUGGCUAAAAUGACCAGAAGAGUCAGAAAUCAGGAAGACCAAAAUUUUAAUAAGGAAUAGGGGAAAUUUAUAAUUUAUCUUAAAAACCAUCUUAAACAGCUAACAUUGUUAGUAGGAUUGGAAUAACAUAGUUUAAUGGUGAAUUUUGGACAUAAUGGAGAUGUAAAAGAUCUGAAUUAUCAUGAAAGAUGCAGGAGGAAAUAAUUAACAAAAGGACCCACAAAGGGGAGGAGGUCCAAGAGAUUCCUUGGAAUCUUGUUUUUAUGUUGUAUGUUGGAUAUGUGAUUGUAAAACUUUAAUCUGAAAAACCAAAUAAUUUUUAUUUAAAAGAACCUUUCCCAUGGAUGCCUGACUCCUUUUUGCCUCCUAGGUGGUGUGCACCCUGAAGGAAUUCAACGAAUACAGGCAGUACCUGACCUCCCUCAAGCUGGAGUUUGAAAAACACUACAUCAGAGAACAGGCAAGUCAUGGGACCAUUUUUUAAGAUCUCCUUCAGCCUCUGCUCAGCUGCUACAAACGAAGAGCAUAUUGCAAACUUGAUAAGAGGCAUGACUUCCUGCCUAACCUACCUCACAGGGUUGUUGUGAGGAUAAAAUGUGGACGGGAGAGCCACGUGACCAUCUUGGGCUCCUGAUGUAUAUUGUGCUUUGUUUGGUCAGAGUUGAGUAUACGCUUCCAGAGUUAACACCAAAUACAUUACCUCUGGUAAAUGAGCCGCCGUAGCUGCUGGAUGGCCGUGAAAAUUUGUGUCCCGGGCUUUUCAGAUCCAUCUACCCCAUGUACUAAAGGGACACGGGUGGCGUUGUGGGUUAAGCAACAGAGCCUAGGGCUUUCCAAUCAGAAGUUCGGUGGUUCAAAUCCCCGCGACGGGGUGAGCUCCUGUUGCUCAGUCCCUGCUCCUGCCAACCUAGCAGUUCGAAAGCACGUCAAAGUGCAAGUAGAUAAAUAGGUACCGCUCCGGCGGGAAAGUAAACAGCAUUUCCAUGUGCUGCUCUGGUUCACCAGAAGCAGCUUAGGCAUGCUGGCCACAUGACACGGAAGCUGUACACCGGCUCCCUCAGCCAAUAAAGUGAGAUGAGCGCCGCAACCCCAGAGUCGGUCACGACUGGUCAGGGGUCCCUUUACCUUUACCUUACCCCAUGUACUACUAUCGGAAACCCAAGGGGCCUAUUGGGUGCCAGAUGUGAAAAAUAUUGGCAUUGUUUUAAGGUCUCCUGCCCCACUAAAUUGGUCUGAUGCGUUCCUCUGCUCACCCAACCCCAAGUGACGACUUGCUGGCAGCAAUGUCCCAAGCAAAAGCCCUGAUGCCUACAUCCCUCUAAUCCUCUGAAUUCCAGAAAAUGCUUGAGAAGCAGAUCACCAAGCUCCAAGACACUCAGCAUCUUCCGGAGGCUGCCGACACGUCGAAAUAUCGGGACUGGAUGCUGAAAGAGGAGAGGCCCACAAUACAGGAGCAGGAGACCGUGAUGAGGAACAGGUGCCCGAAGCAGAUGGGUAGGGGGAGGAGUCUUGAGGGCAUUUUUGCACAUGAGGUCUAAAGCGGACCUUUGUGCAGUUUGCUGAGUGACACCACAAAACCAGCCUGCCCCGCUUGGGCCUGGUGCUCCUUUGAAGCCUCUCUUGCAAUCCUCUUCUGCAUAAACAGCAAGAAAAAACAGGAAUUAAAAGCAGGAGAAAUGGGCCGAAACAAUGAACAGCAGUUCAUAAGAGUUGGAAGGGACCACAAGAGCCAUCUAGACUAACCUCCUGUGAUGCAGGAAUCUUUAGCUCAAAGUGGGGCUCAAACCUACAAGCAAUCAAUUUCUUACCCUUCCACAAAUUGGUUUGGGGCCACCAGAGGGCAUGCGGGGAGGGGGGGAAUGAGCUUUCAGCUUUACAUCAAGUUGCCAGACCUCCAGGGCCUACCUGAAGUCCCCAGGUUAGCCGAGAAACUUGAGCAAAGAAGAGGAAAUGGGGUGAGGACCAGCCAAGCCAUUCUAAUCAAUCCUUUGCCUUUUUUCUUCAAAAAGAUAUUUAGAGUUGAUUAACCAGGAGCUGGAAAAACUGGAGCAGUUGGCAGAAGAGAACCGACAACUCGCCUUGGCUCAGGACGACAAAAAGAAGCAAGGCUUGGAAAAACGCAAGCAGCUCCUCCUUCGGAAGAAAAUGGAAGAGGUAACCACAAAGGGAAGCUGGAACAGGAGGUGGCACCCAUCCUCAUUCACCCUGGCCACUGGGGCUGCUGGGAGUUGGGUCCCCUUUGCUGUUUUAGACCCAGCUGAAAACAGGGACAGCACAGAAGCUGGAACGGGAGGUGGCACCCAUCCUCAUUUGCCCUGGCCACUGGGGCUGCUUGGAGUUGGGUCCCCUUUGCUGUUUUACACCCAGCUGAAAACAGGGACAGCACAGAAACAGGUGACUAACGGCUGAUGAGUCUUUGUUUCCCAGGAAUGGAGGAAGAAGGAAAUGCUGCUCCUGAUGAAAAUUGGUGACGACGUUAAACGGGAAGCAAGGAUUGAAGAGCAGAGGAGGAAGAGCAAGGAAGACAAGCUGAAAAGGGUAAGUGGAAGAGGGGCAGGGAAGGCGGCUGGCAGCUGUGUGGGUCUUGGCUGACAUCUGAGCGGUCAUGGUAGGGUGCCACAAUCAGCUGAAAGGAGAUUCUGCCCAGCAUUCCAUCUACGUAGUUCUAUAUUAUCCAGAAGUUCCCAUCCUCCUAGCCAAGACCCUUCCCUAAUGUUUACCCAACAGCAACCUUUAGCAAAGGCCCCCCUGCAAUGUUAGUUAAAAGUUUAUUCCUUUUUUCAAAAACAAUAUGAUUUUCAUUUAUAUACAUUUCAGUAGCAAUUUAACAAUAAUUCAGACAUUUCAAAUAUCGACUUCCUUCCUUCUUUUUCUGUGAUUUGUUAAAUUUUAUAUCACCAUUCCCUGCAUAUUAUAAGUUAUAUUAAAUCAUUCUUUUAUUCAUCUAUUUUCAUAUAUCUAUAUUUAAAAAACUGCAGGUUAUUACAAUAGUCCUGCCAAUGUUUUUAUCUGUUUGCAAUCUUUUUGUAAAUAUUCAAUAUACCAUUUCCAUUCCUUCAUAAAAAGUUUGUUAUCCUGAUUUAUUAUUCUUCCAGUAAGUUUUGCCAUAAGUUUUUGUAUCCAUUCUUCUUUCGUCAAAAUUUUUUUUUUAUUCCUUGUACUUCCUAUCAAGCAUGGAGUACAGAGUUGUCUCUUAAGUGUCCUUCAAUUGGUCAGUUCCUGUUCAUUACGUAGGGAAUGAUUUAACUACUGGCUUCCUUUCACUUGCUCCCCUUUGGUAUAGCAAAAUUGCUCUGUUUAGACUGGAGAAAUUAGAAAUUCAUCAUAGAAAACAGACAGAAGGUACUGAUGCCCAGUUCAUAGGGGCAAAAUCUGGCAAAUCAUAGAAUUGUUAGAUCGUCUCUAGUCCAACCCCCUGCAAUACAGCAGCAGGGGAUUGAACCUGCAACCUUGGAGUUAUUGGCACCAUACUCUAACCAACUGAGCUAUCCAGCUGAUCAUUGGGCAGUUGCCAAAUAACUUGGUCCAUGAAUUACACCCAGUACUUGCUGUUGGGUUUUUGUGUGUGUGUGUUCCAGCUAGGCAUGCUUAGUGGGCCCCCCACCCCCAGCCUGAAAAGAGGUGAGGCAUGCAAACUAAGAAUUCUCUCAUGCUGCUUCUGAGUGUCUAUGGUGCAAAAUGAAAGAGGCAGUGCCUUUGCCAGUUUGGGGGGCCCCCCAGCAUCUCCCCUUGGAUCCAGCAUGAUGAGAGGUUGCAAAGGACCCUGGAAUGAAUCCCGAAACAGUGACGGGGCUCUGCCCUUUUUGCACCCUGCAGAAACAGAACAUGCUUGAGAAGAAGAUGGCUCACCACUUGAGGAAACUGCAGGAACGCUUCCAGAGAGAAGGCUUCUUGCUCCCUUCUGACAAGAUGGUCCACACAAUGGAUGUCGGAGAUCGGGGACCCCCAGCUAAAAAACAAGGUACAUGGCCAGGAACGGCUUUCAUGGAAUGACCUCCUGCUUCUCUCUCUCUCUCUCUCUCUCUCUCUCUCUCUCUCUCACUUCCUCUUUCUCCUGGGAUGCUUUCAAGUCUCCUUAAGGCUCCCCUGGACAAACCAUUUUUUGAGUCCCGAUCCUGAUUUUCCCACUCAAGGCUUAUGCGUAGGUUAAGUUAUGUCCUCUUUUUAUCCAUUCCGGUUUGUUUCCUUCCUCCCUUUCCUAGCUGCAAAGAAUCCACUGUAGUAGAUUUCUUGCGCUGCUUUUAAGAACUUUUGCAGCCAUUCCCUGUUGCUGGUUUCUGCCUGUUUUAGAUGAUACACUGUAUAAGUUUCCUUUUUGUUUUUCUUUUCUUGCCUUACUAUUUAUUUCAUAAAAUUUAUACACCACUUGCUUGCAAAAAACAACAACUCCCUCGAAGCAGUUUGCAAAAAAGGUGAAACGGUGAGAGUUUCAACAAGAAAAAUUAACAUGUAGAAUUUAAACUGUGUGCCUUUGUUUGGAUUGAUAAACUGCUGAGAGAGUUCCAUUGAAAUAUGAAACCCAGUGCUUUUUUUCCUUGGGGGUACACAUACCCCUAAACAUUUUGUGAAACUGUUUGUCCUCAUUGAGGGGCAGUAUUUCAAUAUGAGUAGGAAAAUGAGAGUACACCUAAACAUUUUUAAAGAAAAAAAAAACACUUUCCAUGACUAAAAUUAAAUACAUUUCCUGCAUGUCAAAUGCAGAGGCUAAACGCCGCAUUUGGGGGCUUUUCUGCUCCACCGUAGACAUCUCAGCUAUUUUAGAGGCUGACUAUGAUUAUGAUUAUGGUUAUGAUUAAAGACUCCUCCUUGCCCAAGACAAGCACCGAGGAGGCCAGUAAGACCUCAACAAUUGAGAGGAAGUCCACCAGCCUCCUGGACAAGAAAGGACCAGAGCUUCGAAAAGGUACAUUCUGCUUUUUUGGGGGGUGCGGGAAAAGGAACUGGGAGUGGAGUCAAGGCUAGGGGCCCCCCAGAGAAAGACAAAUGGUGUGCUUCACACUUGUCCAAAGCCCCCUGCCCGCUGCCCAUCUUGCAAGGCUGUUCACACCCGCCUCUUCUCCUUCUCUGACCUAUCCCAGUUCCGGGAGGAAGCCCCAGUGCGACCAGGCUGGGGAGCCAAUUGUCCGCUGCCAAAGGGAAGAAUGGGACUAAGCAGUCCAUGACAACCCUCUUAGCCUUGCCCAAUGCAGAGGAAGCCGCAAGCAAGUCUGCCACAUCCCUGGAGGUGAGUAGACCUGGUGUCAGAAUCCAGUGGCCGAGUUGUGCUCUGAAGGCCACCGACCCAGGAAGAGGGCAGCUGGCCUGGCUGUAUGAGGGCCCUAUAUGUUGGAAACAGUCAACAAACAUUUACAGUGCAUGCAGUGAUGGUCACUAGUUUAAAGGACUUAUGAAAGAGGAUUGGCUAAAAUAAUGACAUGGAGGUUUUGUUCUGCCUCCAUAAUAAAUCCGAAUUACCGGUCUCUGGGGACCUACAAACUGCUUAUAUAUAUUAAUAUGUGGUAUAUAAAUCUUGCUAAAUAAAUAGUGGGGGAAAUAUGCUCUCCUUCCCAGUGCUACCUGGAGAUGCUAUUGGGGUUGUACUGGUCCUCUUUUGCAUGCAAUGCAUGAGUUGUUCCAUCAGGCCAUUCAGCAGGGCCCCUCCCAGGGAAAAAAUGUGCUGGGCUGGAGGGUUCUUGAGACUCAUCCAGGAUGGCUCUUUCUGUGUUCCCAGAGGGAGUUUUGAGGUCUAUUGCAGCCUAGUUCCAACCCAAAUGAGUCUGUUAAAAUGCCUGCCUUUUGUACUGCUUUUUCUUUGCAGCAUGAAGGUGCUGUUAGCGAGAGAGACCUACAGAAGGAGAUUCUUGAAUUGGAGCCAGGUGAGAGGCUCUUCCUGGUCUCAUUCUGCAAGGUGGAUGAGGGUGCAGGGUAUGGACUGGGGGGUUUUCUUCUUUUUUUUGAAAAUAAUAUUUAUUACUUUUCCAACAAUUUAAACACUACAAAAAAAACAAAAAACAAUACAAUACAAUACAAUACAAUACGAAAACACUACAUAACACUAACACAUUAAACUAACAAAACAAAACAAAAACAGUUUAAAACACAUCAAACAAUUUCAAUAUCUUAUCUUUCAUUCACUUAUUUCAAUGACCUCCUCACACCUCCCUUUUUGUAUUCCACUUCUAUUAAUUGUUUCAGCAAUUCCUUUCCAUCUUCCUCUGCUUUCUAUCCUAUAAUUAUCUUAACAGAUUCUAACCUUAUUUUUCCCUGUAAUACUCUAUUAAUCUAUUUAUACUUAAUUCCUUAUAACAUUUCUACUAAAGCCAUAUAACCUCAUUCCAACAUUUUUCUAACAUUCAUUAAUUUUACAGUAUUUCUGUAAAUAGUCUUUAAACUUUUUCCAGUCUUCUUCCACCGACUCUUCUCCCUGGUCUCAGAUUCUGCCAGUCAUUUCCGCCAAUUCCAUAUAGUCCAUCAACUUCAUCUGCCAUUCUUCCCGGGUGGGUAAAUCUUGUGUCUUCCAAUACUUCGCGAUGAGUAUUCUUGCUGCUGUUGUUGCAUACAUAAAAAAAGUUCUAUCCUUCUUUGACACCAAUUGGCCAACCAUGCCCAGGAGAAAGGCCUCUGGUUUCUUCAGUAAGGUGUAUUUAAAUACCUUUUUCAUUUCAUUAUAAAUCAUCUCCCAGAAUGUCUUAAUCCUUGGGCAUGUCCACCAAAGGUGAAAGAAUGUACCUUCAGUCUCAUUACAUUUCCAACAUUUAUUGUCGGGCAAAUGGUAAAUUUUUGCAAGCUUGACUGGUGUCAUGUACCACCUAUAAAUCAUUUUCAUUAAAUUUUCUCUUAGGGCAUUACAUGCCGUGAAUUUCAUACCUGUGGUCCAUAACUGUUCCCAGUCAGCAAACAUAAUAUUAUGUCCAACAUCUUGUGCCCAUUUAAUCAUAGCUGAUUUCACCAUUUCAUCCUGAGUGUUCCAUUUCAACAGCAAGUUAUACAUUCUUGACAAAUUCUUGAAUUUUGGAUCUAACAAUUUUGUUUCCAAUUUUGAUUUUUCCACCUGGAAACCAACUUUUUUGUCCAGAUUGUAUGCCUCCAUUAUUUGAUAAUAAUGGAGCCAAUCUCGCACUUUGUUUUUCAAUUUUUCAAAGCUCUGCAAUUUUAUUUUUUUUUUUAAAGCAAUUUAUUGGAUUUUACAAUAGGAAUAAAUGUAAUAAACAAUAUAACAUUCGUCUUAACAUAAUUUCACAUUUUCUUUGGACUUCCUCACAUCUCCCGCUCCCACCUUCAUCAUUAUAACAUUUUGUCAGCAAUUUAUCAUCUUAUUUAAAUUCUUAUAUCUCUUCGAUAUUUCAUGAUCUUAUAGUUCUCAUAAAGAGUUAAACUUUCACAGUUUUUCUUAUUUUCUUAAAAACUUCUAAGUUAAGUGGUGCUCAGUUAUUUAGUCUAGCAUCUUAUUCAGCAUUCAGUCAAAUCACAAUGUUUUUGUAGGUAGUUCUUAAAUUUCUUCCAAUCCUCCUCGAUUCUCUCUUCUCCCAGGUCACGGAUUCUGCCAGUCAUUUCAGCCAGUUGCAUAUAGUCUAUCAGUUGCAUCUGCCAUUCUUCCAGUGUGGGUAGAUCUUGAGUUUUCCAAUGUUUUGCGAGUAGUAUCCUUGCUGCUGUUGUUGCAUACAUAAAAAUGUUUGGUCCUUCUUUGCCACCCCUUGGCUGACAAUACCCAAAAGGAAAGCCUCUGGUUUCUUAGUGAAAGUAUAUUUAAAUACCUUUUUCAAUUCAUUAUAAAUCAUUUCCCAGAACGCCUUCACUUUAGGGCAGGUCCACCAGAGGUGAAAGAACGUUCCUUCACACUCUUUACAUUUCCAGCACUUGUUAUCAGACAGGUGGUAAAUUUUUGCGAGUUUGACUGGGGUCAUAUACCAUCUAUAAAUCAUUUUCAUUACAUUUUCUUUCAAAGCAUUACAUGCAGUAAAUUUCAAUCCAUUACUCCACAGCCUUUCCCAGUCCUCAAACAUAAUAUUAUGCCCAAUAUCCUGUGCCCACCUUAUCAUAGCCGAUUUAACCAUUUCAUCUUGUGUAUUCCAUUCCAACAGCAAGUUAUACAUCCUUGAAAGUAUCUUAAUCUUUGGUUCUAACAAUUCUGUUUCUAAUUUCGAUUUCUCCACCUGGAACCCUAGUUUCUUAUCAUUUUUAAAAACUUCUUUAAUCUGAGCAUAAUGUAACCAAUCUCGCACUUUGUCUUUCAUUUUCUCCAAACUCUGCAAUUUCCAAUUGUCUCCAUCUUUUCUAGUAUUUCCCAAUAUUUUGGCCAUUUGGCCUCCAUAUUGGGUCUUUUUCGGGCCUUAGCUUCCAAAGGUGAAAGCCACCUUGGUGUUUUAUUUUCCAGCAAGUCUUUAUAUUUUGUCCAGACAUUAAACAGUGAUUUUCUAACAAUAUGGUUCUUAAAGGCCUUAUUUGCUUUAACUUUGUCAUACCAUAAAUAUGCAUGCCAUCCAAAAACAUUGUUAAACCCUUCCAAAUCUAACACAUCAGUGUCUUCAAGAAGUAGCCAAUCUUUUAGCCAGCAGAACGCUGCGGCUUCGUAAUACAACUUUAAGUCCGGCAGGGCAAAGCCCCUCUUUGUUUUGCAUCAGUUAGUAUCUUAAACUUAAUUCUGGGCUUUUGCCCUGCCAGACAAACUUCGAAAUGUCUCUCUGCCACUUCUGAAAGCACUCCAUUUUGUCCAAAACCUGAAGUGUUUGAAAUAAAAACAACAUUCUUGGCAAUACAUUCAUCUUAAUCGCAGCAAUUCGGCCUAACAAAGAAAGUUUCAAUUUUGACCAACUGUCUAAGUCUCUCUUAAUUUCUGUCCAACAUUUUUCAUAGUUAUCCUUAAAUAGACUUAGAUUUUUUGCUGUUAUGUUUACCCCUAGGUAUUUUACUUUUUAACCACAUUAAGUUCCGUCUCAUUCUGAAACCGUUCUGACUCUGUCUCAGUCAAAUUUUUCCCAAAACCUUGGUUUUCUGUUUAUUUAAUUUAAAUCCCGCCACCCGACCAAAGUCAUUAAUCAAUUGUAAUACUCUUUUCGUACUAGGCUCUGGCUUCUGCAAGGUCAAAACCAGGUCAUCUGCAAAAGCUUUUAGUUUAUAUUGUUUCUGACCAACCUGAAUUCCUUCCACCAACUGGUCCCCUCUAAUCAUGUUCAAUAGCACUUCCAGAACCGAAAUAAAUAACAAAGGGGAGAUAGGGCAACCUUGUCGUGUCCCUUUUUCAAUUUUGAACUCUUCUGUAACCACAUUAUUAACUAUCAGUUUAGCUUUCUGUUCUGAAUAUAUCGCCUCAAUCCCAUUCUCAAAACCCCGUCCCACUCCCAUCUCUUUUAAGUUUCCCAUCAUAAAUUUCCAAGAAAUAUUAUCAAAGGCCUUCUCCGCAUCUAUAAAAAUUAAAACUGCUUUUGUAUUUAUGUCAGUUUGGAGAAGUUCCAAGAUAUCAAUAAUGUUCCUUGUGUUAGCAAACAGAUGUCUACCUGGGAGAAAACCGGCCUGGUCCUUAUGAAUUACUUCAUUUAAAACUUUUUAAAUCUACUUGCCAAAAUAUCUGCAAAUAUUUUGUAAUCCACAUUUAAAAGGGAGAUGGGACGGUAGUUCUUCAGUUGUGUCUUUUCAGCUUCUGACUUUGGUAUCAAUGUGAUAAACGCUUCCUUCCACGAAUCCGGUGCCCUCUUCCCCUCCAUAAUUUCAUUGCUAACCUCCAUCAAGGGUUGUAUCAAAUAGUCUUUUAGUGUCUUAUAAUACUUGGAGGUCAGCCCGUCUGGCCCUGGAGAUUUGCCAAGUUGCAUGUUCUGAAUAGCUUGUUCAAUCUCCUGUCGUGUUAUUUUAGAGUUCAGGGUUGUCCUAUUUUCUUGUGACAGUUUAGAUAAUCCAUUUUUGCCAAAAAUUGUUUAAUCUCGACUUCGUCUUGCGGCCCUUGGGUAUAUAGUUUUUAAAAUAUCUCUGGAAACACUUUCUAAUGUCCACUGGAUUCUGAAUGUUUCUUCCAUCGACCUCUAAAUUUGUAACCGUAUUUAAUCUUUGUCUUCUCUUCAACUGCCAAGAUAGCAGUUUUCCACAUUUAUUCGCCGACUCAAACGUUUUUUGUUUCAUUAAUUUAAUCUUCCAUUCAAUUUCCUGAUUUAUCAAUUUAGAAUAUUGUGUUUGAUACAGUUUAAUUUCUCUCAGAGUUGGCUGUGACUUUGGAUUCACUCUUAAUUUCUUCUCUAAUUCUUUUAUUUUAUCCAAGAUCUUGUCUUUUUCUCAUUUUGUGUUUUUUUCCUUACUACAUUCUGUUGUAUCAAGAAUCCCCUCAUGACAGCUUUGCUUGCGUCCCAGACGAUUCUUUUUCCACCGAAUUAUUCAUGUUUAUCUCGAAAUAGUCUUUCAAAACUUUUUGGGCCUUCUUGGUAAUUUCCUGAUCUCUAAACAAAUUGUCAUUCAUCUUCCAUCUAAAGGAUCCAGUUGGUAGUAGUGUCAUAUCCAUCUUUACUGCGUUGUGGUCAGAGCAGGUCUUUGGGCAGAUUUCCACUUUUCUAACCCUAGGUGCCAGGCCUCUAGAAAUCCAUAUUUGGUCGAUUCUUGUCCAGGUCAGUUGGGCUUCAGAAAAGAAUGUUCCUUCUCUACCUAGUGGGUUCUUUGUUCUCCAAAUGUCGAUCAAGUCCAUAUUGUCAGUCAUUUCAAAAAAGGUUUUAGGUAGUCUGCCAUCUUUUGUAACAUUUUGACUUUGCGACUUGUCCAUGUUAGUUGAUACGACCCCGUUCAUGUCUCCCAUCAUUAUGAUGUUGUUGUAAUCCAGAUGAUCCAGCAUUGUCCCCUGCAACUUCUUGUAAAAUUCCGAUUUCCCUUCAUUGGGUGCAUAGAUUCCUAAUAUCAGCAGUUUCUCUCCUUGAUAUUGUAUCUCAAUAGCCAAAAUCCUUCCAUGUUCAUCUUUAAAUAGAAAUUUAGGUGACAGGCUCUCUUUUGCAUAUAUCACCACUCCUCUCUUCUUCACUUUGUCCGACGAAAUAAAUUCCUGGCCCAAUCUUUUAUUUAUUAACACUUUUCUGUGGAGCCUCGUCACAUGUGUUUCUUGUAAACAGAUAAUGUCCAAUUGUUCUUUUUUUAAUAUAUGAAAUAUUUUCUUCCUUUUUUCCGGAAUGUUACAACCAUUAAUAUUCCAGCUCAACAGUUGCAGAGACAUCCUGGAUCUGUCUGGUUAUUUCUCCCGGGGUGGUGUCUUCUCUGGAUCUUCAAGUUCCCCAGGUGCAGGUAUUAAUGCUGGCUUUGCCCCAGGCCCGGAAGGUAGUUCAAUUCCUUUUUGUAGGUCCUCUCCGUAUGUAGCCAGAAAUUUAUCUCUCUCUUCCAAUGUUCUAAUUUUGACCUUUCUCCCUCUAAAGGUAAAAGAUAAUCCUUGGGGAAAUUCCCACCUGAAUGGAAUUGCGUUGCUCCUUAAUAGUUUAGCAAGUUCAGAGUAGGCGGCUCUGAGAUCCAACAGUUGUCUUGGAAUAUCUUUAUAUAUCUCAAUUCUUCUAUCCAAAACCUCCAGUGACUUUUCGUAAUGUAGACCCAAAAUCUUAUCCCUUUCCUCCUUCGAUCUCAAUGUAAUCAAACAAUCCCUGGGCCUCUCCUUCUUUAUAAAUCUUCCAAGUCUGAAAGCUGACACAAUUUUAAAGUCCUUUUCUUCCAAAUUCCAGAACUUGGAAAGUUCUUUGGUCAAAAACUCAGUUAGAUUUCCUUCUUCUGCCUCUUGUAAUGAUCUAAUCCUCAAAUUAUUCUCACGAUUUCGCAGUUCUAUCAUAGAAAGAUAAGUCUGAUGUUCCCCAACUUGUUUAGUGAGUGGUCUUACCUCUUGCUCUAAAUUUUCCAAUUUUUGUCUGGUAUCCUCAGCCAAUUUUCGGUUUUCUACUGAGGCCUCCGUUAACUGUCCAAUUGCUUGUGUAUUCUGUCCCACCUGUGUAGUUAAUUUGUUUAGACAAUCUGUAUUUUUAUCAAUCUUUGCUGAUUGCGCAUCUACUUUCUUGUCCAAAGCUUCCAAUUUUUCAAAGAUUUUUCUAGCACAGAAACAGAUGCUCCUGAGGCCAUAUCUUCCAAUUGUAACUGCUCUGCUUCACCCUCUCCCUCUUUUGCCUGUGGCAAGGCAGCUUCUUCAAGUUGUACUUCUGAGGGCAAAGUAGGCACAGAUGAUCUACGUGUCUGCGAGGCUGAGGUUAGAGUUGUUAAAGUUGUUUGUCUGCCUCUUCCUCUUCUUCUUGUACCACUCAUUCCAAUGUUAUCUAUCAGUCAAGGUCACACUGAGUUUUUCCCACAGGAAUAGAAAGGCCCAGAGCAAGCAAACAACAAGGGAAUCGAAAGUAAAUGUAUUUGUAAAGUCACUGUUUUAAUCCAAUCCUCUAGAGGGAGCUUAAGAUGUCUUUCAGAGUCUGAUUUAAUGUCCCAGAACCUUCCAAUAUAAGUAUUAAGCAGAGUUUAAAAGUAAUCACUUUGUUGCAGACAGUGCUUAUUUGUCUCCAAAAAGAAUGUUUCAAAUUUAAAAGGUCUCAAUACCCUCAGAUUGUUGCAAAUUCUAAUAUACAGUAUCCAAAUCAACACUGACAGCUCACUCUUACAGUGCUCAAGCAAUCCUGACUCUGGGUUUCACCUUCCAAUUUAUAAUCCAAUAAAAGGGGAAAGUCAAGUGCAAAUAAAAGAUCCAAAUCUUUAGCUUACUGGUUUUACUUUAAAUUGUAAGUUCCAUAGAUGCUUGGCUGUGUAGAGUUUAAAAUCUCUUUCUUUCAGCCUCCACUCCUCCGCCUUAGUUGCUUUUUUUUCAAGUUCAAUGGCUGCGGAAGACGGACUUCCUGUUUCCACGUCUCUCCGCUUUCAGCCAAGUUCAAGCCGAAUUAAACCUUCUCAUUUAAAAUUUGUAAUUCCAAGUGAUUCAGUCUUUACUCACGAAUAAGUUGUUUUUCUUCCAGGUCCGAAUUUUGACAGGAAAAGGGAUCAGCGCUCACCGGCAGCAGCAGCGCGGCUUCACUCCGCUGACUGUGAAGCGGCUCUCAGCGCCGCAACCCCCCUCCACGCUCCGGAGCCCCUUACGAGGCUCCUUCUGCGGUUGGAGGGCUGCUCGUGGCGCCCGCCGAGCCUCAGGACCCCAGGCUCUUGCUGCCUGGGGUUUUCCUCGUUGGGUCUCCGCUUCGCCGUAGCGGACGACCCGAUUUCAGCGGAGCCUCCUCUCCCGUCGGGAGAAGACCGCCAUUGCCGUUCGCGCCGCCCCCCGGAAGUCCCCAAAGCUCUGCAAUUUUAAUCUGUCUCCAUCUUGUUCCAGAAUUUCCCAGUAUUUCGGCCAUUUGGCCUCCAUAUUGAGUUUUUUCUGUGCCUUCGCUUCCAUUGGUGACAGCCAUCUUGGGGUUUUCUUUUCUAAAAAAUCCUUAUAUCUUAUCCAAACAUUAAACAAUGCUUUUCUAACAAUAUGAUUUUUAAACGCUUUAUGUGCUUUUACCUUAUCGUACCACAAAUAUGCAUGCCAGCCAAAUGCAUUAUUAAAGCCUUCUAAUCCAACACGUCAGUGCUUUCAAGAAGCAGCCAUUCUCUCAGCCAGCAAAAAGCAGCUGAUUCAUAAUAAAGUUUAAGGUCUGGCAGGGCAAAUCCACCUCUUUCUUUGGCAUCAGUUAAUAUCUUAAAUUUUAUUCGAGGCUUCUUGCCCUGCCAAACAAAUCUGGAAAUAUCUUUCUGCCACUUCUUGAAACAGUCCAUCUUAUCCAAAAUUUGCAAUGUUUGAAACAAAAACAACAUCCUUGGCAACACAUUCAUUUUUAUCACAGCAAUUCGGCCUAACAAUGAUAACUUCAAAUUUGUCCAUAUUUCUAAAUCCUUUUCAUUUCAAUCCAACAUUUUUCAUAAUUAUCCUUAAAUAAAUUCACAUUUUUGGCAGUCAUGUUAACCCCUAAAUAUUUCACUUUCUUAACCAAUGUUAGUCCUGUCUCCUCCUGAAACUUCUCUCUCUCACUCACAGUUAAGUUUUCUCUAAAACCUUAGUUUUCAUCUUGUUCAACUUAAAACCUGCUACCUGUCCGAAUUCUUGAAUCAGUUCCAAUACCCUUUUAGUACUAGAUUCUGGCUCCUGUAAAGUCAAUACUAAGUCAUCAGCAAAUGCUUUCAGUUUGUAUUGUUUAGCUCCCACUUGUAUACCUUUAACCUCUUGGUCCUUUCUAAUCAUAUUUAACAAAACCUCAAGGACCGAUAUAAAGAGCAAUGGAGAAAUUGGGCAACCUUGUUGUGUCCCUUUCUCAAUCUUAAACUCUUCUGUCACUACAUUGUUCACAAUUAAUUUUGCCUUUUGUUCUGAAUAAAUUGCACCUAUACCAUUUUCAAAACCUUGACCUACCCCCAUCCCCUGUAGAUUCUUCUUCAUAAAGCUCCAAGAAAUGUUGUCAAAGGCUUUCUCUGCGUCCACAAAUAUCAAGACUGCCUUAGUAUUGAUAUUCACUUGAAGUUUUUCUAGAAUAUUAAUUAUAUUCCUCAUGUUGUCAGAUAAAUGUCUGCCCGGAGAAAGCCCGCUUGGUCUUUAUGAAUUUCUUCUACUAACACCUUUUUUAAUCUUUUAGCCAAAAUAUCUGCAAAAAUUUUGUGAUCCACAUUAAGCAGCGAUAUGGGGCAGUAGUUCUUGAGCUCUGUCUUUUCAGUCUCUGUUUUCGGUAUAAGUGUAAUGUAAGCUUCCUUCCACGACUCUGGUGCCUUUCUCCCUUCCAAUAUUUCAUUGCAGACUUCCUUCAAUGGUUGUAUUAACCAUUCUUUCAAGGAUCUGUAAUAUCUUGAAGUCAAACCAUCUGGUCCUGGAGAUUUACCUAAUUGCAUGUUCUGGAUAGCCCCUUCCACCUCCUGCUCCGUUAUUUUGUAAUUCAACAUUAGCUGUUUUUCCUGAAAGAUUUUGUGUAGUCCAUUUAUUUUCAAAAAUCUAUCAAUGUCCAUUUCUUUCUGCUUCUCCUGUGUAUAAAGUUGUUUGAAAUACCUCUGGAAACACUUCCUGAUCUCCACUGGGUUCUGUAUAUUCUUUCCUUCCACUUCCAAAUUCGUAAUAGUAUUAAGUUUUUGUCUUUUUUUCAUUUGCCAGGCCAACAAUUUUCCAUACUUAUUUGCCGAUUCAAAUGUCUUUUGCCUCAUCUGUUUAAUCUUCCAUUCUAUUUCCUGAUUCAUCAGCUUUGUAUAUUGUACUUGAUAGGACUGGGGGGUUUUCAGUGUCUUUUGCUGAAACACUGGGAGAAUUUGGUUUUAUUUCGGGGGCCAGGGACAAGGGCUUAAAGAACUGGGAUAUUUUGAACUGAUUGAUUCAGGUGUUGCCAGCACAGCAUCUCUGAGUACAGAUGUACCCCCAAAAGCCUUGCCUGGUGCCCAUUGGGCAAAAGCCAGUGUGGUGUGAUGGCUUAGUGUAUUGGACUUGUUGGCUGGCAAGCAAAUUAUAGCUAUAUAAAAGGAGAAUUCCUGGAUGCUAAGAUCCAUGUUUGGGGUGAGUACUCUGGUGCGAGAAGCCCAGCAGAAAUUUAAAAUCACAAAACAUGCUGCAAGCUAAAACAUGGAAAUAUAGGCUGUUAUGCCUUUAAAAUAUGCCCUUCUGAGUUCCAAAACAGCCCUCUCUUCCCCCAGCAUAGUAAAAGACCAUACAUUUGGUAUGUUAAAAAUUGUUUACUUACAAAUUCUCCAAAUGUCAGAUUCAUGUGUUUUUUCACAUAGCAGUAAAAAACCAGAGGCAAUAAAAUUUGGCUUAGUUACUGUGAUGGGAUGAUGAGCUGCUUGUGCGUAAAAUCGUAUCCCCUCAGAGUUUGUUCAAGUCCACAAACCUCUGUCUGUGACGGAGCCCCUCAGACAUGGCUCCUCUAGUCACUAGCAGAUUCCGACAGUGGUUGCUUUCGUAAUCGCUUCCAACAUAAAAGCUCCUUAACGGAAACACGUCUUCUGGACUCUCUGCGUGACAGUUUCCGGCGAGGAGUGGGUGUUCUUACAGGAGGUCCUGAAACCUCCCCACUGUUUUCGCUGGAAGUGUCUCUGAGCCAUCCCUCCAGCUCAGCUCCUCUCCCCUGCUGGUUCCCUCUUCAGCUGCUGCGUCUCUCCCAACCUGUGUGAGCCCUUUCACCUCCCUGCUGGUUCCCUCUUCAGCUGCUGCGUCUCUCCCAACCUGUGUGAGCCCUUUCACCUCCCUUCCGUCCGAUGGCAGUUCCCUGACAUCCACCUCCCCUCCAGGGCCCCCUUCACCCCCUCUCGCCCCCUCCUCUACGGGCGGUGAGGAGGCAAAACCCCGGAUGAACUUCCUUCAUCUUCCGAUGUCUCGAACACUUCUCUCAACCUGUUGCGGUUCCUGGUCUCGAAGUACACCUCCUCCACAGAGUCCAUCUCCUUCCGAGUCCGGGAAUCCUUCCAACUCCUCCCCCUCAUCAGUGGUCCCAAAGUAUUCCCUCCGGAACCUCUCCACAGGCUGAGGUUUCCUUGGGAACCUUUGAUGGAACGUUUCUAUCAAUACCUCGUCAUUGAUAUCUUCGGCCAUUACCCAAGUGUUUUCUGACUCCGGUUCUCCUUCCCACGCUACCAAAUACUCCACCUGAUCCCCCUUCCACCUGGCGUCGAGGAUUUCUGCCACAUGGCUGCUGCAUUCUCUUUCUUCUAUGACCGGUCCCCGAGUGGCCAGCCCUUCUCGUCCCCCUUCGUACGGUGACAGUAACGACCUGUGAAAUACUGGGUGCAGUUUCAUGUGGUUGGGUAACCGGAGCCUGAAAGCCACUGGGUUGACCUGUUGAAUGACCUCAAAGGGACCCAACCUCCUGGGUCUUAAUUUCUUACAACCUCCUUUGAACGGCAACCCUUGGGUUGACAGCCACACCCUAUCUCCCACCCUUAUGGUUUCACCUUCCCUUCGGUUCUUGUCUGCCUGCCUCUUGUAUUCUUCCUUCGCCCUUUCUAAGUUGAGUUGGAGCUGACGAUGGAUUGCUUCCAUUUCUUCCACAAAAUGCUCGGCUGCCGGGACGCUCCAUCUCUCCCCAUCUCCCCUGGGAAAGCCCUGGGAUGACACCCAUAAUUAGCCAAGAAGGGGCUCAUCCCUGUGGACACAUUCUCGGCAUUGUUGUAGGCAAAUUCCGCCAGCGCCAACUUUUCUACCCAGUCAUUCUCUCUGUCAUUGACAUAACACCUCAGGUAUUGCUGGAGGACACCGUUUGCUCUUUCCGCCUGCCCGUUGGUUUCAGGGUGCCGGGCAGUCGAAAAAUUGACCUCCACCUGCAGUAAGCUCAUGAGCUUCCUCCAGAACCUGGAAGUAAAUUGUUUUCCUCGGUCUGAGACCACCCUCAAUGGCACCCCGUGCAACCUAAAAAUGUGUUCUACAAAUAACUUCGCUGUCUCUUCCGCCGUGACUGCAUGCGAGCAAGCUACAAAGUGGCACAUCUUUGUUAGUAGGUCUACCACCACCAUGAUGGCUGUUUUCCCUUUGGACUUCGGCAGAUCAGUCAUAAAAUCUAUCGACACUGCCUCCCAAGGUCGUUCUGGGGUUGGUAAGGGUUCUAAUAGCCCCGCCGGCGCCCGCCUUUCCCCUUUGGCUCGCUGGCAUUGCUCGCACCCUCUUACAUACUCACGUACAUCUUCCCUCACCUUAGGCCACCAAAAUUCCCUGGUGACCAACCACAUGGUUUUGUGUUGUCCAAAAUGCCCCGCCGUAGGGCUGUCGUGCAACUGCUUGAGUACCCUCCCCCUUAACUCUCCUUCAGGGAUAUACAGUGCCCUUUGUAAUACAAAGCUCCAUUUCUUUCCUCGAAACCCCCUGGUUCCUCUCCUUCACCCCUAAGACCUCUGAGCUUAUUCUGGGCGUAUUCAUCAUUCUCUGUUUCCUCUACCAGUUCUCUUUGUCCCACCAAUGCCGCCCCACACACCCAGCGGUCCUCUGGAAUGACAUGUCUCUCUUCGGGUGCCCCCUCCUCCAAAUAUUCAGGUUUGCGUGAGAGAGCGUCCGCCCUAAUGUUCUCUGGGCCUGGCACGUAACAAAUCUCAAAGUUAAAUUUGGAGAACUCCUGGGCCCAUCUCACUUGCCGUUGGUUGAGCACUCGUGCCGUCCUCCAAUACUCUAGGUUCUUGUGGUCAGUGCACACUUGCACCUUAUGUUGUGCGCCAAUUAGCAGGUGCCUCCAUCUCCGGAACGCCUCAUGAAUGGCUAGUAGUUCUCGGUCAUACACCGUGUAGUUCCUCUCGGAUUUGUUCAGCUUUCGCGAAAAAAAGGCACACGGUCUCCACUCUGACCCCUUCUUCCCUGGCUGGAGAAGCACCGCCCCAAUCGCUCUGUCUGAUGCGUCAGUUUCCACUCUCAUCGGUUUUUGUAAAUCCACAUGCAGGAGUUGUUGUUCCGAGGCGAAGGCCCCUUUUAGUUCCUCAAAUGCUCGCUCCGCCUCCUCAGUCCACACGAACUUCUUCUUACUGCUGAGACAGUCCGUAAUGGGCGCCGUCAGGUGGGCAAAGUUUCGGAUGAACUUACGAUAGAAGUUCCCAAAUCCUAGGAACCUCUGCACAUCCUUCUUUGUUUUGGGUGUUUUCCAUUCCAGCACCGCCUGGACCUUGCCGGGAUCCAUGGCCAAUCCCUUGUCUGACAGGCGAUACCCCAGGAAUUCCACCUCCUUGGUAUGAAACUGACACUUCUCCAGUUUCACCCACAGCUGGUUGGCUUGCAGCCUGCUCAACACUUCUCUGACGUCUCUCACAUGCUGCUCUUCAUUCUCAGAAUACACCAACACGUCGCCUAAAAAGGCCACACAAUUCUUGUAAAGCAAAGGCCCCAGGACGUGGUUCAUAAACGAUUGAAAUGUUGCGGAGCCUGCUUGUAGGCCGAAGGGCAUAACCAAAUAUUCAAAUGCCCCUAAAGGGGUGAACAUAGUGGUUUUCCAUUCAUCCCCCUUCCUUAUUCGUACCAGGUUGUACGCCCCCCUUAGGUCCAGCUUUGUGAAAAUCUUUCCCUUCCGCACCCUUGUCAAAAUGUCGUCAAUCCUGGGCAUAGGGAAGGCUACUGGUUCUGACACUGCAUUUAAGGCCCUGAAGUCACACACCAGCCUCGGCUUGUUCGUGUUUUUCUUAUCCACAAAAAAACACUGGGCUGCCCCCCACCGCCCUGGACUCUCUUCAGGUUCUUGUCAAUGAACUCUCUUAACUCCUGCAUCUCUCUGUCUGACAUGGCGUACAGCUUGCCUACAGGGAGCUGUGCUCCAGGGAGUAAAUUGAUUUGACAGUCAAAGGGUCUAUGCGGGGGUAGUUGGUCAGCUUCCCUUUCGCUGAAGACGUCACGGAGAUCUGCAUAUUGUCGUGGUACCUUCACGUUCUCUGUUACUUCAGUCCCUGCUAGGGUGGCUUGGACCCCUGCCAAACCCUUUCCCUCUUUGCAGUGUUCUAAGCAAUGUGCUGAACCAAAAGAAACCACUCUCUGAUGCCAGCCCACCAGCGGAUCAUGUAACGCUAGCCAGCUCAUCCCCAAUAUAAUGGGAGCUCCUCCCAAGGUGGCCACAUUAAAAGCUAUCAGUUCGGUGUGCCUUGCUACCUUCAUUAUCAUUGGGACGGUCUGCAAGCUGACUUCUCCUCCCAACAGCUCCCUGCCAUCGAUCGUGGUCACCUGCAGGGGGCUGCUUAAAGGGAUCGUCUGUAUCUGGUGUUCAGCUGCAAACUCUUUGCUCAUGAAAUUGCAGGAGCUGCCUGAGUCCAACAGCGCCUUUAUCUUUAGAGGGUGUCCGUUUGGCAGCUCUAGCGUCACUUCUAUCACUAGGGCGGGUUUAGGAGGUUCUGGCGUGGGCACUCUCACUGCUCUUUGGCCUGGCUGCUGUGCCCCGACAGUGGCAGCCAGGCGUUGGCUUUUACUUGCUCCGGUAUUUCUUCCUCUCUUCCAUCCACAGCUCCUACCAUCCCUUGCCAUUCUUUCCUCUGGGGGCAGACUCUGGCAAAGUGACCUGGCUGUUGGCAGAGAUAGCAUUUCCGGGCGCCUUUUCCCUCCUUCUUCCCCCCUCACUGGGCUUUGAAACUGCGCGCGCGCGCUGUUCCGAUUUCCAUCGGCUCUGCCGGCGGGAAAGUUGGCUCUGGAAUGUCUGGAAUGCGGAACUCCUUCCAACGUUCCCCUUUCCCUUCCCGCCUCUCCAAUGCUCUCGCCUCCUGGCGCGCUCCUAUGGCCAGCGCUGAUUUGGUCAGCUGGUCCAUAGACUCCGCCCUGGGCGCCCGGGAAAGUUCGUCUUUCACAGCCGAAGAAAGCCCUUCUUCAAAGAGCAUUUGAAUGGGUUCCGCCGAUAAGUCCCACCCCAAUCUGUGAACAAGCAUGGUGAACUCAGUCCAGUACUCACGGACAGAUCGGCUUCCUGUUUGCAAGCCAUUAACUGUCUGCGCACCACUCCCUGUUCAAUAUCGCUGGAAAACAUCAGAUCCAUGGCGCGAAAGAACUUCAUCGUGUCCUUUAGGACGUCACUAUUUGCUGCCAUCAGGGUCUAACCCAGUCUCUCGCCCCCCUUUUCCAGAUGCUCAAUCACGAAAGCCACUCGUGAUUCCUCGUCAGGGAAUUCAUCAAACUGCAGAUUGAGGGCAUAUUGCAUUUCUGUCCGAAAGCCAUGAUAGUUUUGGGCUCCCCCCCAAACUUCUGCACCAAUCCUGGUACCUUUCUGGCGAGCUGGGUGGCUUUCCCCUUUUGUCUGCAUCCUGAGCCCUCCUCUCCUCAAGCCUCGCCGUCUGCAUCGCUAGCUGGACCUCCAACACCCGGUACCUUUCUUCCAGGCUUGGACCCGCUCCAGCUCCUGCUUCUCCGGUUCCGGCUGGGUUGCUCAUGAUGCCUUCUCCUGCACAAGCUGCUUUCAAAGACUGUCGGAAUGCUGUGAUGGGAUGAUGAGCUGCUUGUGCGUAAAAUCGUAUCCCCUCAGAGUUUGUUCAAGUCCACAAACCUCUGUCUGUGACGGAGCCCUCAGACAUGGCUCCUCUAGUCACUAGCAGAUUCCGACAGUGGUUGCUUUCGUAAUCGCUUCCAACAUAAAAGCUCCUUAACGGAAACACGUCUUCUGGACUCUCUGCGUGACAGUUUCCGGCGAGGAGUGGGUGUUCUUACAGGAGGUCCUGAAACCUCCCCACUGUUUUCGCUGGAAGUGUCUCUGAGCCAUCCCUCCAGCUCAGCUCCUCUACCCCUGCUGGUUCCCUCUUCAGCUGCUGCGUCUCUCCCAACCUGUGUGAGCCCUUUCACCUCCCUGCUGGUUCCCUCUUCAGCUGCUGCGUCUCUCCCAACCUGUGUGAGCCCUUUCACCUCCCUUCCGUCCGAUGGCAGUUCCCUGACAGUUACACAGUAGUGAAAGUUCCUAAAUUAUGGGUAUACGAACACAAGAAAGGCUUGUUAGAGCCAUGUGGUUAAGCAGGAGCAACCAGAUCAAAUCCACUUCACAUGCUGAGAUUCUCUGGUUGACUGGAGUACAACAAUAGGCUUGAUUACCUUCCUCCCAACGUGAUGGGGAGUGAUCUAGCUAAACCUGACAGGACAGGUUACUGUAUGACAUUAACCCCUUCAUGCAUUAAUUAGACAUAAGCAUGUUGGUUAUAUGAGGCUGAUUAUCCUACAGGACUAAGACCUGGGUGUGACCAUGGUUCAAAUCCCCACUCAGCCACGAAACAUUUAAAAGGUUGGCACAGAAGCUGCCUGCUGGAUCUCUAGUGGCAGAGAGUUCCACAGGACAGGGCCGAUGACACCAAAAGCUUGGUUUGUGCAGUUUGUUUACAUUUUCAGGUUCAGUACUUAAAAACAAGUCACCAAAAUCUCGAGCUGUCAUUUUAUUUAUUGCCUGCCCUUCACCCUACCGUCCCAGGGCAGCUUCCAACAUUAAAACUCACCCAUCUUAGAUGUCACCUUUUGUCCUGUGCAGUGGGCGAGGCCAUCUCUGGUCCAGGCGGCGGCAGCAGCAAAGUUUCCUUCAGCUCCGGCAAAGACCUCGCGUCGCUGACCAGUAACACCAACCCGCCGACAGAGAUUGCCUCCAGUGUCGCAGAAAGCAUGAAUGAGAAAAUCACACCCUCUGCCUCUGGCGGAGUCAUCAGCAACGAGGGUGGCGUGUCAGGCUGUGGAUCGGCCGGUUGCGGAAGCAAGGGGUCCUGUUGUGGAUCGGCUGGUUGCGGAAGCAAGGGGUCCUGUUGUGGAUCAGGCGGUUGCGGAAGCAAGGGGUCCUGUUGCGGAUCAGGCGGUUGCGGAAGCAAGGGGUCCUGUUGCGGUUCACGCGGUUGCGGAAGCAAGGGGUCCUGUUGCGGAUCAGGCGGUUGCGGAAGCAAGGGCUCCUGCUGCGGAUCGGCCGGUUGCGGAAGCAAGGGGUCCUGCUGUGGUUCCGGCGGAUGUUGCAGCAACAAGUCUGGCUUUGGCUCAGGCCGGUUGUACAGGCAUAGUGGGAAAGUGACCGGUGGCUACGAUUCCAGUGGCGGCAGCAGCAGCAAGCAUGGAGGCAGCGGCGGCAGUGGCAAGGUCCCCGUCGACGGUACGUUUAAUGGCUUGGCAGAGUGGCAGGAUCAAAGCUUGACCUGAAAUAUACAGGGCAGGGAGGAAAGUUGUGGAUUAGAUUCUGUGUGCUUGCAAAAGUUUCUGUUUUCCAGGUGUUUAAACAACCAGGGAGCUUCCCUGAGCGUGGAAGUCUCCCUGUUCUAGACUGCCAAGCUCUUAACCACAGACUGGCACUGGAGCAGAAACAGGGGACAGAGUUAGCCCAUCACUGCCACACAGCUUUAUGUGAGGCACACACCUUAUGCACAUGCAGAAUGUAAGGAGAACCUGCUGGUUCAGGCCAAUGUCCCAUCUAGCCCAGCAUCCUGCUCUCACAGUGGUCAGCUGGAUGCUAAAGUGGGAAGCCCUCCAGCAAUACCUGAGUGCAACAACAGCACUGUCUGCUUUUAAAUCACUGCAACUGUCAGGGACUGGCUAGACAAAGAGGAGUAGCCAGGGAAGCUCCAGGGGAGGAAAGCUCAGACCCCAGGGAUUGGUGGUGGGACACCAAGGAGAGGUCAGAAGGAGAAGAGCAGGAUGCUGAAGGGGCUGCAGGCUCAAGCAGAGGCUGAUAAGGGACAAUUCAUAGGCUAAACUCACUACUGGUCUUCCAGCUGCGCUGAACAGAAAGCAACAAAACCAUUAAGCUCUGCAAACAGGAAUCUUUUAAUUAACAUUGAAGAGGACCAUUGCUGAGCAGGUCUUUACAGUGAAUAUGAAAACUGGAUCUUGGGCACGGGGAGAUACAGAUCUUGGUAAGCAACCCUAGAAUUGCAGCAUCAGUGGCAGAGUGCCAAUGGAGCACCUGGGUGGGCAAAGAGCCAAGGUCAAGGUUUUCCAGAUCUCUGUGCCUCAAAUGCCAGUUAUGCCUCCCCCUUUCGUUCUAGGAGUGUCCAAUCGAUCAUCCUCGAAGCCUUCCAACAAAGCCAACAUCUCUUCAGCCACCCCCCAUCAUACUGUUAACGAGGGCUCUGGCAAAGGGAAGCAGAAGAAGCGAGCAACCUUAAUGGUACAUGGUUGAAAUCCUCCACGGCAAAAAGUUAAAAGCUGCCCAGAGGAAGUAGCAUCAGGCUCAAAAUAGGUUGGGAGUCGCUAGGGCUUGUGUGGGGGAGAGCCGAACAGAUCAUCUGCUGGCUGACCGAUGGGAGAUGUUGUGUCAGCCAAGGACCAAAGACACCUGAAGGUUCAAGGAGGCUGGCAAGACCUUUCUUUCCAGUGGCUCCGCCCCACCUGGGAGGCCAUCUACAAUCCUUAAAGGGCCCACAGCUUAUUUUUCAGAGCCAGUGAGGCAUAGUGGUUUGAGUGCUGGACUAGGACUUGGGAGAGACCAGGGUUCAAAUCCCUCAGCCAGCCACAAAGCCCACAGGGUGUUGUUACCUUGGGAUCCAGUCACUGCCUCCCAGCCUAGUCUACCUUAUAGGGUUGUUGUGAGAAUAAAAAUUUAGAGGAGGGGAACCAUGUACACCACUUUGGGCUCCCUGGAGGAAAAGAGUAAGAUAUAAAGGGAUUCCUCAAACUUUGGGGUGGCUUAAAAUUCAUCUGGCAAAGCCGCAGGAGACUCUCAACAGAUGCUAACAAAUACUUCUGCUUUUAAAUGUCUGCUUUAGUUUGCCCAGAGUGAGAAGGAAAGUCAGCCCAAGGAGAGGAGCUCAAGCAAGAAGAGGAGAGUGGAGAAGAGCAAAAUAGGUACAGAGCAUACUGAACACAGGCCCCACAUGGCGAGAGAGGCAGGUUGGUUGCCUUCCAGGCUUCCGGAAGUGGCCAUUUAGUAUCCUAAGCAUCUCAUACUUUAUGGUGUGGUGUUUGGUUUGUGUGUGUGUGUGUGUGUGUGUGUGUGUUUGACAUAUGCUGUUCGACAGUGGAACUGUCUCCCUUAAGAGGUUGUGGACAGAGGCAGAGCUAGUUGCUCCGGCACCCGGAAUGGCACCCGAGGGCGGGGCUAGCUGCCCGCGGGGCAGGGUCAGCAUCCCAGGAGGGCAGAGUGGCAAUGUCACUCCCCCUCAGGGAUGACACUUGGGGCAGACCGCACCCCCCUUCUUCUGCCAGUGGUUGUGGACUCUCCUUCCUUGGAGGUUUUUAAGCAGAGGUUGGAUGGUCAUCUGUCAUGGAUAUUUUAAGAGAUUGAACUAUCAGAUGAUCCUUGGUGGGGGGUUAGACUAUAAGACAUUUGGGGUCCCUUCCAACUCUACAAUUCUAUGAUUCUAGAAUGUGUGUGUGUGUGUGUGUGUGUGUGUGUGUGUGUGUGUAAACACCCACUGAUUUGAGCCUGUUCUCUGCUCCCCAACCUUCUUUUAAAUGGAAAAAGGGUCUGCUUGAAUUCUUGUGAAGUGGGAAAUGUAUUUCAGCACUGUCCGCAGGGGCUCAGGUGGCCUCAGUCGCUCAGAGCGCCUUUUUCAUGCUCCAGCUGGUUCGCUAGCCCCAGCCUCUUUUGGACAGAGGUGACUUGACCACUGUACUCCACAUGCUCUGGUGACUUCCCUUGUCACCAUCGCAUUACCACUAUCUUCCCAUGGGAUUGGAGGUGGGGAAGAAGAAGCGGGAGAGAGAAUGGGUUCCUAGCAGACUUGAGUUCCAGGAUUUUUAAUUUCACAAGUCAAGCCCUGGCGGAGGGUGUGGCCAGCCCAUGUCUUGACCCAGGUCUGAGCUGAGAAAUGGAGGUCUCCACUGAAUGUAGCUUUCCCAUCAUGGAUUUGGCAGUGCAGCUCGCAGAGCUAGACACAUUGGAGGCCUCCUCUGUUCAAAUUAUACCUGCAAGUCUGGUCUGGAAGCAGAUUGGAUAUGCCCUGCCCAGGCUUGAUUUAUGAAAUUAGAGAGGCUAGGUCUCAAGUUUAUUUCAGUUCACGCAUAAAGCCCUGUGCAGGGUGCAUAAAGUGGGCCAAAGGGGGAGAGGCAUUGCCCCAUGUGCCCCCUCCCUCACUGUUUCCCCACCACCACUAGCUUGGAUUGUAGUUGCAACCCUGACAGGAUUAUUAAUCCCAAGGUCUAUCUCCUCUUGCAGAGCGUAUGGCCUCAACAUCUCAGGAAAAUGAGGAUUCUGAGUCCUCUUACUCAGCUUAUAUCCACCAACUGCUUUCUACUUCGUAAGUGCCCCAGAGAGAAUUGGAAUGAAGCAUGAUAAGGAAUUUGCAUAGUUCUCCUCUGCUCUAGAGAAUGGGUAGCCAAUGUAACUGCCUCCCAGAUGUCCCCCAGCUGCAGCUCACAUCAGCCCUGCCAGCCAAGUGAAAUACAGCAAUUAGAUUUUAAUUAGAAAUGCAGACCAUCUUUCAAGAAAGUGCUGUUGUUCGAACUGCUAGUGAGAAGUAGGGACCCUGUUCAAGAACAGGCGAGAUGUGCCUAGCCUCUGCUUGGUUAUUCCCACCCCCAUCGUCUGCUUUCCCUAUGCUAAUCUGCCGAAUGCAAACUUGAAAGCCUUGUUGUUGCCUUUUUCACUUGCCAGAGCUAUGGCUUAGGGGCUCUGGUGGAUGGAUGUGAUUGAUCCUGCUCUGGGGGGGGGGGGAAAUCCCACGAGUUCCCUUCCCCUUCUACACCAGAACUGGCCACAACAGAGUUGUCUCAAUUGCUUGGGCCAGGAAGCUGUUGCCGUGAUACUCACUGGUGCGCGAGUUGGCCAGAUCACCCCUGAAAGCAUUGAAGUGGCCCAAUCCUAGGCACAUGUAAAUACAACUUCACUCCAACAUUUUGACUUCCUCUUUUUUUUCUUUUAUUUCAGAGACCAGUCUGGAAUCCGGGAAAGCCUAAGAGGAAAAGUAGGUUGCUCCAUGAAUUGUGCUGAUACAUUACAUAGCGGAUGAGCUGAGAAGUUUUAAAAGGUUCAGUCCGCCAUCUUGAUUUGAAAUGGCGUCCAAGUUGCAUAUCUAAGCAUAGCUGAAACACUCAUCAAACUCAGGAAUGUGCAUGGAAAAUUUGGCUACAAAUUCCUUGAGUUGUUUUUUUUUUAAAUGAUAUUUAUUAAAAUUUCAGGAAAAAAAAGAAUUACACAAAAACAAGAAGUAAAAAUACAAGAAAAAUACAAAAUACAGAAUAAAAGACACUUAAAAAGAAAAAAAGAAAAAUGGAUCAAUCUUUCCAUAGCUUACAUUCAUAUCCUUGUUUCCCUGACCUCCUCAUACCUCCCUUUUUGUAUUCCAGUUCAAUUAGUUAAGUCAGCAAUUUCUUUCCCUCUUUGUUUUCUCAUGAUCCUUUAACUUAAUAUACUAUAACUUUAAAUUUUCAUCUGUUAUCAAUCCUUUUUUACAUACACCUUUAUGGCAUUACUGCUUAAACCACCUAGCUUCAUUCCAACAUCAUUCUAACAUUCAUUAAUUUUGCAAUAUUUCUGUAAAUAGUCUUUAAAUUUCUUCCAAUCUUCUUCCACCGACUCUUCUCCCUGGUCUCGGAUUCCUUGAGUUUUGAUUGGGAAAACAUUGCACAGGGAGGGGUUAUGCCCCCACAGUUUUGCCACCCAAUCAAAUUCAGAGCCUCCCACCUGCCUGACUACUUUUGGAUGAAAAUCAAAAUGUUGGGUGCUCUGUUCAGGGACCCUCCCUAAACAUCAUACCUGAGCCAGUGUCUUCUGCAUGUGAAGUCAAUCACCCCUUUUCUCUCUCUCCCACUCCCUCUCCAUAAUAGAUCUCUGCUCCGGAGCUUAACAGCAUCAUCCAGAAUAUAAUGACCUGGGUCGUGUCGGCCGUCACCAGCAUCCUCUACCCGGCCCUCACCAAGUUCGAAGAGCGGGUCAGGACCAGAGUGUACACCAUUUCUGAAGAGUCUGUGCUGUCCUCGGACAACUCCAGCAGCUGCAGCAGCUGCAACGAGGACCUCUAUGAAACCUACAGGACCCUCCCCACCAUGUCUGCCAGGAAGGUCAGCUUCACGGACACCAGCAUCAAGCCCGCCACCUCGAGCGACCUGCGGACCAUCAGCGGGAAGCCUGCUUCCCUGCUCUCCUCCAAGUCCUCCUACACCUCUUUUACCAAGAGCACCCAGGUCUCGCUGGACACUGACCUCAUCAAAGGGAAGCUGAAGAGAGGGAAGACGGCCAUAUUUCUGUCCCCGACCAAGCACUGUGGGCUUCUGUCCACCACCACCAGCAUGCGCAGCUCCAAAUCGGACAGCCAGAUCACCCAGAUGCAGAAAGGUCCCGUCGACAGCCCUGAGAAGCCGGGCGCUUUGUAUCACGGCAAGCGCAAGUGCAUGAUGUCGAGGGGUCUCUUUGGCAAAGAUACGACAACUACUACCACGACUGGCACCACCACCACGGACACAGAAGGGCUUUCCUUUGUGGAAGGAGAACAAAAGCCGCCUCCUCAUGGCCCUAUAGACCAGAGAGAGGGCAUCUGCUUGAAGGACCUCAAGAGCAUUUUUGCCGAGCUGAAACUUCCCCUCACCAAAAUCACGGCCAUUAUCCUCGAUGACGUUUUCAAAAUGAUACUGGUGGACCAGGGCUGCUCCGUCAGCAUUUCUGUGGAGGACCUCCUGGAAUCCAUCUCCGAAAGCCUUUUAGGCAGCCAGCCUUCAGGCCAGCCAGUUGCCGGGUCAGUCUCCAGGAUCGCCAGCUUUGUGGCUGCUGACAUUGUGGAAAGCGUGCUCAGCAAGCUGCACUCCAUCACUCAGAAGAAGUAUUUCGAGACCAUCUCCAAGGACGGCUUCAUGGCCGAGUGCAAAGUCAUGUGCGUCAUGGCGUCCGGGAAGCAUUCUGCACCUGACCCGUCCUUCUGGCGGUCUCGGAUGCCCCUGUCCCUCGAGUCGACGUAUGAGAUCGCAGAGGAGAUUGUCCAGAUUAUCAUUGAGAAGCUGAAAGUGUUCGCCACCUCGAGCCAAACGAAAGUGUCCCAGUUUGAACUGUGUGCCAAGAUUAAAGCCAUCGGGAUGCCUUUGAAUCAGCUUUGUGCAUCAGUCCCACCGCACACGGUAGAGUCCGAGGCAGCCAACGCCCUAGUGAAGGACACCAUCCGCAAGAUAGUUUCCAAAACAGUUGCUUCCUCAGAGACAAACCUCCUCCAGUAUGUGGAAGAGAUGAUUGCCAGCAUCUUAAACUUCAUCCAGAAGCAAAUGUGCCCAGAAGGGACACUACCUACCAGGGAGAGCUCGAUUGUGCUUCAGCUAAUCAAUGACGUGUUCAACAGCUUGAGUACAGAAAAACUCCAGGGUAUUUAUCCAGCGGCAAAACCGAGACCUUGCCUCAGAUUGCAGGGGGAGCUUCCCAGCCGCGGAGCUUCUCCUGAUCCCAAGGCCGCGACGGUAACGGGAGCCACACAUGUGUCAGGUGAGAAAUCGCCAAGGAAGCCAUUCUCUCCCGUUAAUGUCCCCGGCAUGGUCAUUUAUUCUGAGAUGGAAGCGGAGGAAAAAGAGAAAAGGGAACCCGACGGAACUUUGUCAUCGGUCAACAAGGAGCGGCAAGUGCUGCUGACAGAAGAGGCCCCGGAUAAAGUAAGGUAUGAAAGCUUUGGGCUGGAAUCCCGGCAGUGGAACAGACUGAGCCCCAAAUCAGCUGAAGUGGAAAAAGAGGGCAGGACUGAUGCAAAAGGUGCAGAAAAGGACAUGGAGCAUUUUGUCCAAGACGCCAUUUUCUCAUCUCUCGGAGGUCAGCAGAAAGGACAAUGGGCCACAGCUGGUGAGUGGUCCUUGGAGCAGGCCUUGCAGAAAAUGGAAGAGGACUUCAAGGAGGAAGAGCAAUCUCCGAUAAUCCGGACCGUGUGGAAUCUCUUGAAUGAAAUGUUCCAGCAUAUUUGGGCUGAACAACCGGUUUGGCCCCCUGGCCCUCCUCCUCCAUCUCUUGCCCACAUGGACAUCAGUCGGUGCCCGCCUGAAGAGCAGCCAGCCUCCAAAGGGCACACUGCCAAGCUCAGGGCUCAGGCUGUGAUCCCGGAUGCAGACGUCAGCACUUUUGCCUGCGAUCUGGUGAAGACGGCGUUUGAGAAGAUCUCGCGCGCCACUCAAACUGAGGCGGAGGGCAUCCGAAGCAGGCACUCGAGUCUGAUUAUCACCGACAUCUUCCCUCUUAAUGUACCUGGAGAUGCCAGCAAAAGUCCACCGACGGUGCAUUUCAGAGAACCAGAGGCAGCUUGUCAGUCAAGACCUGCCCAGGAGCAAACACAGACCAGCCCCACAAGCACUGCAGAAGAUUCAGCCAGGGCUAGCCAGCCCGAGUAUCGCCUUCCACCCAAAUCAGACCUGGCUAACGAACUGGUGCAAACAUUUAUCUCAAAGCUGGAAACCUUUGUCACCUGCAAAGUGGAAUCCCAGCUUUGCUCAGACAUGAAAAACCUCAAAACGUGCAUCAGUUCAGACUUCUCCUCUGCCAUCCAGCAGGAACUCAGGCGGAUGCUGGCGAAUCAGUGUGGGGGUUUGCCCAGCUGCUUAGAAGGCAUUUUGAACAGUUCUGUUUUAGGUGGGAAGGAAAAGGCGCUGCGGUCGUCUCACGCGAACUUAAAACCAUAUGCCCAGGAAGUGUCCAAGAUGGUGCUGAAGAGCCUGAAGCAUGGGCUGGACAGGGAAGUGGAGAAGAUUUCCAUGCCUCCCGUUAUAUUCUCCGAAAGCAUCGCCGCCAGCCAGAUCGUCAGCCUGGUUUUGAUGGUCUUUGCCCCUUCGGAAGUGCAGUGCUCCUUACCCCGGCAAGACAGCAUUUUGGAGAAGCUUUUCAGGAAGAACCCUGACUACAAAAGAGAUAUCCAGGCCCAAAUCCAGAACACAGUUGAGAUGUUUUUAAAUGAAAUCUACCAGACUGUCAUGUUGGAUGUGGGAAGCGCUUCGCCUUCUCCCUUGGCCACCGAGAAACUUCACACACCUGGGACUUCUAAGGCAGGAACGCUCAGCGCCAAGAAAGUCCCCUCUGCUCCUUUGGUGGGGAAACCCGACGUCUCGCUGGUUUCCCAUGACGUGGUGGACAUUGUGCUUGAAGAUCUAAGCUCUGGCCUUGCAACUGUUCUGAAUACAAGGGGAGCCCUCUCUGACCGACUCCAGUGCCUCCUCUUUGACCUUAUUCAGAGGACUGUUGAGCCUCUCACUCAGCUGGCUGGACGAGAGGCCAAGGGCGGACUCAGGAGCCAUUUCCUGGAUCACAAAGCAGAUCGCCACAAAGUUCCAGGCCUGACAAAAGGCAGAAAGGCAGCAGAGUUUGGAUCCAAGCAGCUAUCAGAGUUGAAGGACUGUUCCCCAGAAAGGAUGGCAAAAUACUUAGUCGACAACAUUUUCCACAGGCUGGAGCUGUUUGCCGAGGAGAAGCUGGAAUCUGAGUUGGCCACAGAUGGUCAGCCGAGAGCCGGAGAGGGCAAGGCGGGCAGCCACCGCAACAAAGCCAAAGUUGUCGUCCAAGAGUCCCUGUCCAACUUGAGACUCUGUGCUGAGAAACUGACCAGUACCAUCCUGAAAGUCAUCCAGGCGGACCUGGAACGGGAGAUGCUUUCUUGCCAGAACAUCAUCCCGUAUGAAGAAAACGCCUCUGCCAAUGAGCUCAUGAAUGACCUGCUCAAGAUUUUGUCUGUCCAAAUAGCUCUGACGGAAAACGAGGUUCAGAAAAGGGUUCUGAAAAGGAUUUUUAGGCAGCAGCCGUCGGGGCAGAAAGGAGGUUUCCCACUGGUGACGGGAGUCGAAGAUGUCCUCAAUCAGGUGACCCAAAAGGUUGUGGGCGAGUUGGGCCACCUACCGUCUUUUCGCACCGAGUCCUUAUGCUUUGGUUCCGAAUCAAAGUCUUCUGCCUAUAAUGGGGUGAUAGAUGCCAUCUCCCAGGCAAAUGCCGGGAGUGUAGCUGGCGAAAUUGUGGACAGCGUGUUCACGAAGAUCUACUCCAUUGUCAUGGAAAUGCUGUUUGGCUCAAGGGAUGGAGACACCUCAGGCAGAAAAAAAGACCCAUCUGUGGAGGCAUCUUCCCCUACAGGGAAAUCAGAGAUCCAGAAGAUGACUCUGGCCCUUUCCCAACUCCACCCUACACCACAGACCAUUGGGGAAGAACUGGUCCAGAAUGUGCUAAACAAAAUCGCCUGCUUUGCCGCAUCCAAUUUGGAAGAGGUCCUCCCACAGUCUAUGCAGCAGAAGCGGAGGAGGCACUCCGGCUUCCAGUAUGAAAUGCAUGGUGGUGACGGCAUUGCAGGGAGGCCCCAAGCCUUCUCCGAUGACUCCGAAACCUCCCUGAUGAGAGCGAGCUUGUGCAAGUCAGACUUGACAGUGUACGCAAAGGAUGUCGUCGGCAAAGUCCUGGGAACCAUCAUUGAUGAUUUCAAAACCGAAGAUUACCAUCGGACAAUACUACGGGUCAACACCUUAUCGUCGGAGCAGAUCUCCCUUGCGAGUGAUCUAGUGCAUUCCAUUGUGCAAGACCUGCACAUUGACGGCCCACAUUCACAUGUGCACCAACACACCACCGCCAAGUCUUUCAGGAUGGACAACGGGCAGAUGUAUCUCCAGAUUGAGUCGACCACAAAGGACAUCCGGGGUAAACCCAAGUGCCUUUUCUACGAGGACUUUCUGACUUACCUCAAGCAAGUGCUCCCCAAGGAAGGCAUCUUGAAAGACAUAUUUGAGCAGCAGCCGCUGACCGAUGCGAACAUCAACGAAACCUUCAAAAUGCUGCAAGUGGCGGAGAGCAUCGUCAGCGAGGUUCUAAUGAGGACCCGAGAUCUUGAGUCGUCUGUUUGCAUCCUGAAGAAGACACAGGGAGAGCUGAACGAGAGGCUCUUCUGCUGCAGUUUCAAGAGAUCGGAGGCACCGGGGCUUUUCCACAGUGAUUCCCAGGCCGAGAUCGGCUCAGUUGCCAGGGACAUUGUGGCCAGUGUGUUUGAGAAUGUGCAUAAGUGUCUGAUGAGCAGCAUUCCUGCUACGUCAGACGGGUUCCCGGGGAGGAAAAUCCCACCCAAAGGCCGAAAGAACCGGUUCACCCAACCCGAUUUUCCUUUCUAUAAUGUUUCACUGAAGGGGGCCAUGGAUACAAUCGACAAGAUAGCCAAGGAGACAGUGGAGUGCACCGUCCUCAUGCUGGAGACCUUUGUGGCCCGGCAUUUCAGGCGGGACUUCCGGUGCAACUUUUUGGAAAUUGUGAAAUUCCCGCUGGAGAGCCUCUCGUUUGCACAGUUGACCCGCUCUUUGGAUUCUCUCUCGGCCCAGGUCGGGAAUGUGGCGGAAACUACGAUGGAUGGCUUUCGGAACAAGUUGCAGGGGGAGAAAGAGAAAGGAGGGCUGCCAACUUUGGGCUCGACCCAUAACUUCCUGGACUUCUCCAGGCUGGGCAGUGCCGUCACCAAGGAGUGCAUUGAGACAGCCAUCCGGCAGGUGCAGAUGCUCCAUGCCGAGUUGAAUGUUUACGCCAACAACGCCGUCAGCAGCGUCCUGGAAAUUAUCAAGCACACCUUGGACCGGGAGCUCACCCAGAAGGAAGCCACCCUGUUCUGCAGCUCCUCGGAGAGCCUUGUCCUCAGCGAGACCAUCAGCGUCAUGCUGGACCGCUGCAACGAGAGCCUGACCGAGAUCACGUCCGAGCUGAUGGUGGAAAACCUGCAGCUGGAGAUGUCGGGGCAAGCCUUUGGCAAGGACAAAACCCUCUUUCAGGAUCUCGCCGCGUCGCCAGGCAAUGUGAAAACUACGUCCAAGAAAAUCAGGAGGAUAGACACGAGGGAUAGCUUCCCCCCGAUCAACGUCCCUGGGAUGGUGAUCUAUUCAGAAGAAGAGGCCGAGGUGCAGGAGGAGACGCCCUCCAAAUUCCCUUCCGUCUUCAGGUAUUCGGAGUGGGAUGCUCACGUGGGGCCAGAGAGGCACCAGUGCUUGCCUGGUUGCCUGUCGGCCCCCAGGGUGAGGCCUUCUGGAAGACGGAGGCAGGACAGGGUCUCCAACAGAUUCCGGCUGGAUUUCCCGGAGGACGACUGGCUCCCCAGGCAAAGCUCCAUUCCUGAGGGGACCAUUUUGGAAAAGCUGUUUAAGAAAACAGGGGACUGCGAGGCUGUCCCAAGACACACUAAAACCGGGCACCGGAGCAAGGUUGGCACCAUGCACCAGCAUGAGCCCUUUGCCAGAGGCCCUGCACCAGAGAGCGGCUGCUGUUCCGCCAUCUGCCCUCUGAAGCUGGGCCACGCCGCCGAGGAAAUUGUCAACACCCUUCUCUGUGAGUUUGGUGUGGAGAGCGAGUCCCUGUGCUACGAGAAGAACACGCACCUUUUCCCGCUGAGGGAGGGCUCCAAGCCUGGGGUGCACGGCUUGCUCAGCCGGUGGGAUAAGAGGCAAAGCGAUUCCAGCGAAAGGGCAACGACGGAGGAAAGCUGCUUCUUCAUGCAGGAAGGGAGUAAUUUGCUUUCCAAGUGGGAGAGCAAUCAGUACAUCUUCAAAAGCAAGAGUCCGGACAGGCAUAAAGACCUGGAACUCCUCGCCUGCUUCCACGUCCCAGACCUCUGCGAGAUCCAGACGUUGGCCAACCAUAUUGUCCUGAGUGUCAUCAAGGAGCUGAUCGCCUUCCGGCCAAAAGGUAAGCCUCGGGGCUAUGUUGUGGCGGCCCCUUUCAAGGAGCUGACUUAUGCUCUGCGGCAGCCGAAAACAGGGAUGGAGACAACAGUUCGUUUGGGUUCCUUUUGGUUUCUUGUUUCCCCCGGUCUUAAAUCCGGUUCUUCACAUUUCUGCAGCAUAUAAUCAUAGGAUUGUAGAGUUGGAAGGGAACCCCAAGGGUCCUCUAUCCCAACCCCCUGCCAUGUGGAAAUCCCAGCGAAAGGAUCCCUUGCAGGCUGGAAAUACCGUUUAAAGUUAGUAAAAAGCUUAACAUUACUUAUUGUGAUGUAAAUUGGGCUGAUUUGCCUGUUUUAUACAGGGUGCAGAAUUUAAAAAAUAAAUAAAUACAUAAUACAUAUUGUUGGGGGCAUCUUGAAAGAGAUAUUUGAGCAGCGGCUGCUGACCGACACGAAUAUCAACAAAACCCUCAAAAUGCUGCAAGUGGCGGAGAGCAUCGUCAGCGAGGUUCUGAUGAAGACCAGGAAUCUUGUCUGUUUGCACCCUGGAGAAGGCACAGGGCGAGCUGAGUGAGAGGCUCUUCUGCUGCAGCUUCAAGAGAUCAGAGGUUCUGGGGCUUUUCCAUACUGAUUCCCAGGCAGAGAUCGGCUCCAUUGCCAGGGACAUUGUGGCCAGUGUGUUUGAGAAUGUGCAUAAGCGUCUGAUGAGCAGCAUUGCUGCUACGUGAGACGGGUUCCCAGGGAUGAAAGUCCCACCCAGAGGCAGAAAGAACCAGUUCACCCAACGCGAUUCUACUCAGAGUAGACUCAUUGAAUUGAUUGCCAUGGCUAUGGUGAGCUGUUAAUUUCAAUGGGUCUAACUCUGCAUAGAACUUAGCUGGGCACACAACCCCGUUAAUGGUUAACAGUAACAGUUUUUGCCCCAAACCACCCAAGUUGGGACUUCCAGAAUUGGUUCGUGGUACUUCCAGGGCUUUAGAAGCUCUCUGAGGUGUGUGAUAGUAAACCUGUCUGUGUUUCCUCCCCCAGAUGCUUUGGACGAGAAGGGUUACAGGGCCUCUUGCCCAGCAUGGAAGCAGGAGAUGAUCCAAUCCGAAUCAAGGUGGCUCCAGGAACGGAUCUGGAGGAGCACCUACCUGCCCCACUGCAAGAGGCAAUCCUCCUGCCUUGAUGUGUUUUGGGAGCCCUUGACCCAGGCGGUGGUCUCCAACGUCAUCCGGAGCAUCCUGAACCCCUGUGCCCGGCAAGGCGCCAGAGAGAGAAGCGAUGGCAUUGAGACCAGCCUCUCCAUGUUCUGCUCGGUGGACUCUUGCUGCCCUGAGCAUGGAAUCAGGGGCCCCAAAUCAGCUCCCGUCAACAUCAAAGAGCUGGCGUUCCACAUAUCCGAGAGGAUCCUGAGCAUCUUGUGUGAGAGGAACAUCUUGCAGGAGACAGUCAGCAGGAAAGGCUUCCUGACGAGGAAGUCAAGGUACAUCUGCCUGCCACCCCUCUGCCUGGCGGACUUUGAUGAGGUUUACCACCCUCUCGUGAAGGAGGUUGCCCACCUGCUGUGCCUGGAAAUCGAAAUCAGGUGCAAAUCCAUGAGCGAAAGGAAAGCUCGGGACGCACUGCCCCAGCAGCAGCCCUACUUCUCCUCUCGUUGUCCCUGCGGAGCUUCCAGGGGAGACUGCCGAGGCCCCGGAGACAUCAAAGGGGUGGCUUGCUUGUCGGCAAUGGACCAAAUUGCCCAUAAGAACCAGCGGCUCAGCUGCGUCGCUUCCAACCUCGACAGCUUCAUCCGCAGCUUGAAGUCCACCGAAGCAAAGCAGGUCGUCAACAAAGUCCUGCACAUCAUUUUGGACUCGAUGUGGCCUGGUCAGCCUCAGGGCAGUUUCGCGGGGCACUUCCCGGAUGCCCGAGCUCAGAACAUGUCGCCAUAUCACGACACAGACCUGAUGCCUAAGAGGCAGAACCUUUAUUCGUCUGUGUGCCCGCAUGCCUACAGGCUGGGCAAUGAGAUCUUCAGUGGCAACCUGGGACUCUCGCCCAAAUCGGUCGUCCUGCUGGACGUCGUGAGCGAAAAGCUGAUCCGGACCCUCUUGGACAAAUGCAUCACGACGGACCAUUUCACUGGCACCUUUGCUUUCGACGAGUUCCCAGAGGACGAGCAGUUCUGUGACAUCCGGAAGAGUGCCAGCGACGGCGAGCUCUUCCAAUAUUCAAGCAGGGAGGUGGAAGCCCACAAGACGGACUCUGCCUCCACCAUUUUGACAUACGACAUCCAGUACAGCGAGGAGCCCUGGGUGGAGCCUGAGGCAGGGGUGCCCUCCUACGAGUCAGCGCUCGACAUGUUGGCGCAUACCCUGGUGAAACCGGUGAUCACAGAGCUUUCCCACUGCAUUGAUCAUCCAGGGCAUGGGAAACCUUACUCGAAGAAGGCCGUGGGGUUCUCACAGGGGCCCUGCAAAAAGGGACGGGGGCAGAGCUUUGGCAAAAAGCACCCGCGAGGCGGGAAAAGUGACAUGUACCACUCAUUGCCGAGAGGCAGACGGCCGGAAUGGAAAGCACCCGUUUCGGGGAGGCAUCAGGCCCGCAAGAGCUUGCGGGACAGGAACAAGACAGUGCUGGAAACGGCCAUGCAGCACAGGACAUACAGUUCCCGGGCUCCGAGCGGCAAGCAUGCGAGAAGGAAGCCUCACUCUGCCACUUGCAACGUGAGGACUUACCGGAGGGAAGUGGUGACCAUGUCGGGACGUGGGGAUCACAGGCAGUUCCACCCGGAGUUCACUACCAUUUACUCGGCGUCGUUCCUGGAGGAAGUCAUUUGCCAGCUGUUGUUCAAGAUCUUCUCUUCGCUGCACAGCAAAUACAACCGGGACACCUGCAUCGACCUCCAGGAGAUGAACACUCUGUUUAUCAGUGCCCUGGUGGAAGAGUUUACAAAGGCUGGCGUGGGGGUCUUGACGAGGGCCGAUGAAAAGGCAUACUUCCCACAGGUGGACAGUCGAACGGUCAGCAAAAUAGUUGACUCCAUCUUAAGGGAGUUUGGGUUCCAGCUUGCUGCCGACCGAAACAUAGGCAGGGACAUUGAGUCGUUGGCUGAGAGGGCAUCUGAAAUUAUUCUGACGGAGAUUCUGGAUUACCAAUUGCCGCCGGUGGUUUGCCGGAGGCUUCCGCGGAAUGCCUUUCGAAACAUCAAGGCCGAACAGAUCAUCCAGAAGGUCGAAUGUUGCAUCUGCCUCCCCAAAUUCCAAAAGCGGCAGCAGCCGACCCCAGCGUACAUUACUGUCUUGUCUCAGAAGUAUUUGGAAAGGGUUGUCAACCAGAUGGUGAAUCAACUCUUCCCGCCCUGCGAGGGUGCAAAGCGAAAGCCAGGGAAGAGGGAGGUGUCGGGAACAGAUUUUGAUGAGCUCUGCUCCUACAUGAUCAAACAAGUGAUGGCGUCCAUUUCCAAACACAAAAUCUGGGUGGCCAAAAAGGACGCCCCCUGCCGUUCCCAUUCGGAGACGGAGAUUCAGACCAUGGUCAAUUCUGUUUACAGGUAUAUGCUGGAGAAGGCUGGCUCACAAGAGUCUAUACAGAAAGACAUCAAGCGUCGGGAUAUGGAUUUUAUAGACUGCAUGACCAGCUUCAUAAUUCAGGAAAUCACGAACCAUCAUCUUCAGAGAUUCGUCUCUAAAGAGGAGUCCUCUUCAGGAUGCCCCGACCCUGAAGCUCUGUCUGAGGACAUUGUCAGGACUGUUCUAGAUAGCCUUGGGGAACCCCUGGGUCCCUGUGGAGGAGUUUUCCCAGCUCGUUUCUUAGAAGAAAUUGUUUCCAGAGUUUUAGCCAACGUUCUGCCUGUUUCCAGGGACAAGAAAGAAUCAAGCAAAGGGUGGCAUGAAGCUGAGUUGGAGAGAAUUGCAAAGCAAUUGGCCUGUUCAAUCAACUUGCAUUUUGGUAAGGCUGCAGUUACCGGAGUCCCGAAAGAAGAUGAGCCGAGUUUAAUGGGCCCCUUGAUGGACAUUGUUGUCCAGAAUGUGGUUGACUCUGUGUGCAACAGUUUGAUGAAAGAAAGAGAUGUUGCUUCGCCAGACGACCUCAGCAGCGGGAGACAGAGUGCCCUCUUUGACAAGAUUAAGAGAUUGGUUGAAAAAGGCAUCUCUGAUUAUCUUCUCCAUCCACUGUUUUCUGGAGACUUGCCCAAGGCUACACCGUCAACUCCAUUCCACGAGUACGUUUCUGAAACCCAGGAGGAAACCGAGAGCCGGUCUCCAUUCAGCACCUUCCUAUCUUCAGGAUUCCUGAAAGAUUUAAUCACUGGACUGUUGUCAAAAAUCUUCCCUUCCACAUCCAUGGACAAAAGGCACCUAUCGGAGUCAGACUUCAGCAAGCUCUCCACCCAGCUGCUCAACGAUGUCCAGAUGAAGCUUUUGAAGCAUCAAAUCAAGGUUACAAAAGACCCAGAACAAUGUGAGUAUUCGGAGGAAGAUGUCCAGAACAUGACUGAUUCCCUGUGCAGCAAGAUCAUACAGAAAUCUGGCUCCCUCGAAGCCGUCCAGAGAGACGUGCAGAAUAAGAGCAAAAGCCUGAUUGACCGAAUUGCCGGGUUCCUUGUGGGUGACAUCCUGCAGCAGCAUGUCCAGCCUUUUGUAGCCAGGCAGGAGUCUCCUACCUGGGACAGAGCAGCCGCAGGAGACUCCAUGUCAAGGUUCGAAGUGUACAAAACCACCGUCAAGCCCUUGGACCUGCGGCAGGCAAGCAUGGCGGGGAAGAGAGGCCCGUCGAGUCCUUCUUCGUUCCUAGGAGAAGUCAUUUCUCAGCUGAUAUCAAGGAUCUCCAACUCUUUCUCGGACACCCCUCUAAGUGGUCCCGGGGACUUCAUUGGAGACACAGCUGUGAAGCUGGUGAAGUCACUUACGAAGGAGCUUACGAAAGCUCAGCUGCACAUCCAAGAGGGUGCCGAGGAGCCGCCCCUGGGCUCCCUGCCAGAAGGCAGAACCUACAAGGACAGCACACAAGACAUGGAGCCUGAGGAACAUACUGAUGAAGAGAGGCAUGUGUUGUCCCGCCAGACAGCCACCAUGAUAUUUGAAGGUGCCAUCGAUCGCAUGCUGGGGUCAACAGCAGGUCCGCCUCCUGUGGAAGAAGCAAAGUGCCUCAUCCAUGAGAUACUGGUGGUGGACCAGGGUGUCCCUGGAGCCAAUGCUUCACCACCCUACUCCACCGUGCUCUGCUACCCAAUCCUGGAGGCCAUCGUUGACAGGCUGCUCUUGCAGAUCUUCCCAUCUCCUUCUAGUAGCACUGCAUGCCUAGGGCAGGGCGAAGGUGGCUCUGGCUCUGAAAUGAGCAGUACAAUUGCACAGCUGAAGAAAGACAUCCUGGACAUUGUUCUGAAGCAGGCCAUCUGGAUCAGCACUUACGGCAACAGGGGAGAAGCUGGCAUUUCAGAAGAAGCCAUCGCGUGCAUGGUGGACUCUGUCUACUGCGACGUCUUGCACGAAGUGAUGUUGCAGCAGCCUUUCCCACAAGACAAAGAGAGCCUGCGGAACUUGUACGUCACUCAGAUAGCUUGCUUCAUUAUCAACGAAAUGUUUAAGUACCACCUCCAGUCUACGACAUCCGCUGAGGUGCCCUCUUAUGUGGACCCUUCUGCCGGAGACUCCCUAAGCUCCUGCAUGACGGUCUUCCCUUUCAUUCUCCUGGAGGACAUGCUCAACCAGCUCUUGGAGAGAAUAUUCCCCACUCCAGAGAGCAUCAGCGCUUGCGUCGGCAACCAGGUUGACUUCUCAGAGACAGAUUUCGCCGAGAUGGUCGCCAACCUGAAACAUUAUGUCAUUGCAGAGAUUCUGGCACAUCAAAUCCUGCUGGGAAACACCUCGGGGCAAACUCCAGAGAUGGACGAAGAGACCAAAGAGGACAUCGCCUGUUCAGUUUACAACCAGAUUUUGCAGAAGUCUAACUCCCAAAGCGAGCUUCAGAGUACUCUCAAGGUCCGAGGGAACAGCACCCUCCGUGAAGUUGCCAAUUUGCUCAUAAGGGAGAUUUUGAAUUUCCACCUCCACCCGUUUUUAGACAGCAGUGAUUCUGCCACCCGCGAAUGUGCUAAAUUGCAGAAGGAAAAGAAGCCAGUUUCUCAGCGGAUCUACUCUGCAGCCUUUUUAGAGGAUGUUGUUGUGGCUUUCUUUUGCAAAAUCUUGUCCUCCCCAAACUUUUUGGCAUAUUCCAAAGACUGCUGUUUAUCAGAGUCUGAGAUGAGGGAUCUAGUUACCAGGCUAGUCAAUGCUUUAGUGUGCGAGUUCAAAAGAUCAGAAGUCAAGGUCAUUCAUGGUGCAGAGGGAGACCUCCCUCUCCCAAAGAUUGUUCCUGAAGAAGUGAUUCAGAUAAGCAACUGCAUCUAUGAGAAGUUGUUGGAGCAGCUUGGAUCAGAGUGUGAGAUUUUUAAAGCUUUCCAAAAUGAAGGACAUUCAUUAGCAGAAAAGCUAGCUCCACUAAUAAUCAGAGAAAUCUGUGCAUACCAGCUGAUGCCUUUGUUUACUGGGGAUACUUCCCCGUACCUGUUCUUGUUUCUGGAAGCUGAGACAAUCCUUGACCGAGUGGAGACCAUCCUCCCAGACACCACACCCUCUGGCUCCAUGUUUGGAGAGAUGUUCCUUAAGAUAAUGCACAAAAUGUUUCCAUCAUGGGUCCCUGGAAGUUCGCCAGAUUCUCCUUUGGGCAGUGUAGGGAAGAGAAGUCCUCCCAGGAAGAAAGCAAGAAGAAAACCAUCGCCCGAGGCAGGCAAAAGUAUCCAGAGCCUCAUGGACAAUAUCUGCAAGGCCGUCUGCGUCAAACCCGGGUCUCUAAACCAAAACUACGAAUCCACGGAGGAAGAGAGUGCAGCGUUUCUCUGUCAAUCAAGGCCAGACUAUCCACUUCCCAAGUCACACUCACCUCCUGGAAAGUCUCCCCUUCCCACCUAUUCUACACAAACAGACCGCUGGACGAUCCACUACGUUAAGCCACACUCUCCUCCCAGCCAACUUUUGUCUCCUCCUCCCACCACGUCUGCAAAACCAGACUGCUGGACAAUCUAUGAGGAUAAGAUGCCCUCGCCUCCCUGCGGAUCUCACCCUCCUCCUGCCUUUCCUGCAGAAGCAGAUGACUGGACGCUCCAGCGCAAAAAGCCAUACUCACCUCCCAGUCAACUUCCGCCGGUUCCUUCCCCCAGCUUUUCUGCAAAAACAGCUGGCUGGACAAUCCACCACAUGAAACUUGGGGAAGGGGAGGUGCAGGCGAUGCAGUUUGAGGAUGGAGGAGGUGCUUAUUCCUCCACUUUCUUGAAGGACAUUUUUAGCGGGCUGAUAAGCAAGCUGCUCUCGUCAACAACCAGUGUGUGCCCGGUGGAGAAGAAAGAGGCAGUGCCUGUGGAGGAGGAGUCCUCCGUCAGAAAUCUAGUGGAAUCCAUUUUAAAGGAGUUUGCCAAGUCCCCGGUUAAGGUCCUGCAGCUCCCCAACAAAGGGCAGGGUUUCCCAUCUGUGGGGAAGACGGACGUGGCUAAAAUCAUCCAUGCUUCUCUGUGCGGCAUCUUGCAAGAUCGGGCUCCUGGAGCCCCUAUCUGGGCAGGCAAGGAAAGCGACCAGAUGUUAGUGGAGAGAUUGGCCAGUGCGAUAAAGAAAGAGAUUCUAGGAUACCAGAUCCAGGGGCUGCCAAGGGCACCCCAGAGCCAGGCCUCAAAACCUUUUGAAAUGGGAGAGAUGGCAAAGAAAGUGUUGAUGGAGGUGAAGAAGAGCAGCACUCCAUCCCCAGUCAGCAGUGACAGACCAAACCCGGUCCUGGUGUCUCAGAGGUUCAUACACGAGGCUCUUGCAAUCCUCUUGUCCAAAAUUUUUCCCCUCCCCACGACGUCGUCCGAUGAUGCCGAGGAACAGUGCGCAGAGUUUGAUUUCAUUCACAUGAAGCUCCUGAGCAAUGUGAUGUCAGAGAUCUCCAAGGACAAGAAUGCUGAGGUCCAGUACCUUGACAGGGUGCAGCCCAACCGUGUUGUGAGCCAAACGGUGGCCAACACCGUCUACCACCAGAUUCUGCCUGAGUUUGGAACUGCAUCGGCCAUUGAGAAAUGCAUCAGGACAGGCUGCACGAUCCUUAUGGAAAGGAUCACUGACUUGGUGAUGAAAGAGAUUUAUGGGAACCCGAUGCAGGCGUACUUUUCGGAGGAGCUCGGCCGACAGCAGGAGGCCAUGGAAGCGGAAAGAAACCUGGAGGAACAAUAUGGGGGUGGUCCUGAGGGUGCAGAGCGUGAGACACCACUGCGAUCCCACCUCAAGGGGUUGUCAUCCAUCAUCAUAGAGGAGGUGGCUGCUAAAUUCCUCUCAAAACUAUUCAAUGCCCUCCCUGUGGAUGACUUGGAUACAAGGAGUGUUGCCUUAAUGAAGGAGGUAGGCAGAAAGAUGAUUAACUCCUUGCAAAGUCUUCUUUCGAAGAAGAAUAUGAGAGUCUGGCAGCACGAUGAAUUGGAGGACUUGGGCUCAGAAGACAGCCGGGCAGUUGGGGAGGUUGUGGAUUCCGUCUACACUGACAUCCUCAGACAUUCCAGCUCUGAAGCCUCUAUGUACGAUGACUUAACCAACAAGAAUGAGGACUUUGUCAACCGGGUUGCCUGCUUCAUGGUGAGUGAAAUCUCCGGGCGCGAUUUCCAGUCGACCACGAACAUGGAGGACAAGUUGCCCCGCUCCAGUGCGGAAAUAAAGCUGGAAACAGACAAGAUCAUUGAGAAAUUCCUUGGCAAUAUUGGGGCAAUGGAACCCACAGAGGGGCCCCUGGUCACACAAGUGCCGGUGGCUUUCCUGGAGGAGAUCCUAAGCAGGUUGCUCACGAAAAUCCUACUUGCCCAGAAUGACUUGGGCGUCCAAGAGAAGAAGGCUUUGUCCAAGACAGAUGUCAACGAAAUCGCUUGCCAGCUGAAGACGUCCGUGGAGACAAAGAUGUCAAAGAACAAAAUGGACCUGGUGACCUACAGCAACCAGCCAGAGCUGGACCCCCAAUACGAGGAGAAGGUCGACCACGUUGUCCACAGCGUCUUCAGCAACGUCCUGGAGAAAUCCGGGUCCCAGCAAGAGCUAUACGACGACGUGACGACCAACAAGGUCCUCUUCCCUGAGCAGGUGGCCAGCAUCAUCAUCAAUGAGGUCUCCAGCUGCUCCAUCAGCGGCAACCCUUGUGACGAAAACUUAGAGAACGAGACCGUCAGUGCCCUGGAACUGAACCGCAUUGUCAGCAAAGUCUAUGCUCGGGUCAGCUCCAUCGAAGAAGAGGACGAGGACGAGUUGGAUUUGGCAGAUCUGCCCACUGUGCCCGAAGAUCCGGAAACCCUGCUGCAGAAGAGCGAUAUGCCGGUGAAAAUCAUCCCCUGCAUCGGGCACAAGGCGCUGAAGGUCGACCCGGAGAUCGUCGCGGAGCACUUAGCCGUCCUGUCCAUCAAGACAGAGCCCCUAGAGAAGCUGAAAAAGACGUGCAUGUCAAAGAUAGGCAUGAGCCUCACGGAGCUGAGGAGAGCCUCGAUGUCAGGGAAGAGUCUCUCUAGUAACCUCGGCUUUCAGGAUCCCAACAAAAAGAAAGAACGGAGGCCCUCUUUGGAUAUGGCCGGGCGCCUUGGGGUGAGGCCGAAGGAGGUAGGCAGGGCAGGGUGGGGUGGGAGGCUUCUUUGCAUGUGCAGAAGUAGAUUUGGUUUAAGGCAGGCAUGGCCAAACUUGGCCCUCCAGCUGUUUUGGGACUACAACUCCCAUCAUCCCUAGCUAACAGGACCAGUGGUCAGGGAUGAUGGGAACUGUAGUCUCAAAACAGUUGGAGGGCCAAGUUUGGCCAUGCCUAGUUUAAGGCAUCCUGCCCCAAGCGGAAGAACAAUCAAGGCUUCACGUUAAGCCCCCAUUCACUCUCAUAUUUAGAGUGAAUUUCAGUAGCCAAUAUUUAUGCCUUGGCUAUCAUUAAUCACUACAUAAUUAUCUCUGUCAGCAAGUUGCCAACAGAAGACAGUCAGUCCGCCAUGAUCCUCCCUGGAAGUCCCAGAACUUUGUAUACUAUUCCAAAUGUGGUCACACCAUAGAUUUGUAUGAUGGCGUUGCUAGUAUAGACUGUUGAUAGGAAAACACUUUCAAUAUCAUGUGCGGGUUUUUGUAACUUGGGUUGCAUUCCGAAGCUUGUCAAUUGUUAAUUGUUAAGUCGUGAGCUGAGGCUCUCCUGGGUGUGCCUCUCCUCGCAGGUAAAAGGUACUGUCCUCCCCCCCCAUCCUGCUCUUGCACUUCCAGGCGGUCUGCAGAAACUCCUUCCAAAGCCUGAUGAGGCCAGACAUCACGAAGGUCGAGCUCCUGAAGGAUGUGGAAAGCAAGCAGGACCUGAUCCUCCGCCUCGUGGCUCACGACAUCGAGGACAACCAACCUGGCAGGGCCCCUCACCUCAGUGAUAUGGAGAGCGACGGGGAGGAGCAAGUCUUGAAGGAGCACAAAUCCUUUUACUUUGAGGUCCCGCCUGCGCCCAAGCGGCGCGAAAGCUCACAUUCCACGGUAAGCAAAUGGCUCAGGGAAGGAAGGGGUGCAGCCCACAGCUGUGUCCUCCUAGCUGAGGGAGAGUCGCCUCUUGAUCCACAGGGGCUCAGGGAAGGUCUGGACCAGGGCUGACUUUAGCAGAUGUGGCGCCGGGGUGCAAAUAUCCGCCCAGCACCCCCAAAUUACCACGGAUAGUGUUGGGGUGGCUAUAGCUGUGCACUGCCAACCAUGGGGGGGGGGCGCAAAUCUCCCCCAUGCCGCUGCAGGAGAGCGAUCCUCACAGAGGCUUGGGAGUAAAGUUGCGCCCCUCCCAAGCCUCCGUGGGAGGAGAGCGCACCUUCCCUCCCAAGCCUCCUCGGGAGGAGAGCGAUCCCUGCAGAGGCUUGGGAGGGAAGCUGCACGUCCACCAGCCUUAUGGUUGGCGGGGUGCCGCUGGCAGGCUUGCAGGGAAAGGGGAGGCCUCCGGCAAAGCUGCACAGCUCCCCCACUUGCUGGGGCGCCCCUGAGAGGCUGGCGCCGUGGCGCAACACAUCACUAAGCCCUAUGGAAAAGACGGCUCUGGUCUGGACUCAGGUCAGGAUCCUUGGAAGUCUGGGGGAAAUGGGAGGGACACUGGUAGGACCAAGGACAUAAGGAUGCAAGAAGAGACUACUGGAUCAGGCCAAAGGGGACUCAUCUAAUCCAGCAUCCUGUUGUCACAGUGGCCGACCAGAUACAAGUGGGGAAACCCACAAGCAGGAUUCAGACACAAGAGCGCUUCUCCCCUCCUGUGGCUUAAAGCAACCAAUACUUAGAAGCAUUGCUGCCUCCAACCACGGAGGCAGAGCAUAGCACACAUGACUAGUGGCCAUUGAUAGCCCUCUUCUCCACGAAUUUGGCCAAUCUUAUUUUAAAGCUGUCCAAGUUGGUGGUCAUCACCAAGGCUGGAGAGCAGGGUUAGAUGCGGGGGGUGGGGUGGGGUUGCAGGGUCUUCUCUCUGCAUAGCCGUUAAACAGGCAAGAAGUUAGCAGAAAACAGAUAUCACAGCAGGAAAACAGGAAAUGUUGGAGAGUAUGGAGUUUUGUGACACCCGCCCCAAGCCAAGGAUAUAAGUAACUAUAUGAUCUUUAGAUGACAUCUGAAGGCAGCCUUGUAUAGGGAAGUUUUUAAAAAAUGUUUAAUGUUUUAUUAUGUUUUAUAUAUGUUGGAAGCCGCCCAGAGUGGUUGGGACAGUCGGAUGGGCGGGGUAUAAAUAAAACAACAGAAUAUUUUCAUUGGAGAAACGUUGAAGGGUGUGCAACAUUAACAACAACCAAAAAACAACAACUUAAGCACUGUUGAAUCCGCAAAAACACUCUCCCAACUCCCAGGACUCAUAAUUGGAUUCUACUCAGUUCAUCAGAAGACACACACACAUAAUGACUGUGGCAGCAAUUCCCUCUGGAAAGAGCUUUGAAGGCUCCAAGGGCUGGAGGGUGGGGCAAGUCAGGUGGGAAAAGCCAUUUUAAAUAGCAUUUUAAUCUGUAUUUUAAAUUGGGUUCCCCCCCAUUAUGUUUUUAUUGCAAUUUUACUGGUGUUAGCUGCCCUGAGCCUGGCUCUGGCCAGGGAGGGCGGGGUAUAAAUUAUUAUUAUUAUUAUUAUUAUUAUUAUUAUUAUUAUUAUUAUUUAUUUGAUGGUCAGCACAGUCUCUCUCCCCUCAGGAUGCAACCUAAGAGUCUAAGCUUUAAGGAGAUAGUGAAGUUGGCAAAGAGGUCAAAGGGACUCUGGGGGUCCCUUGCUGUGAUGUGUUCUAACCUCAUAUGCUUUAGCCUAGGGCUGCCAUACGUCUGGAUUUUCCUGGAUAUAGCCGGAAUAUGGCAGUCAGAAACAGUGUCUGGGCGGAAAUCGCUGAAACCCAUGUUGGAAGUCUGGAUUUUGUUUAGCUCAGCAACUUCACUCUGCCCCUCCCCCCAAUUCACUUUUUGAAAUACAGUCAUACCUUGGAAGCUGAACAGAAUCCAUUCCAGAAGUCUGUUCGGCUUCCAAAACGUUCGGAAACCAAAGUUCCAAAGAAGUUUAAGGAAAUGGAAAUUUGGUUUCUAAGAGGUAAAAUUUUAAUGUUAUAUUAUGAUUAAAGAUUGGGAUUAAAAAAAGUGGGAAAGAAAUUGCUGGACAAACAAUAUGAACUGGAAUACAAAAGAGGGAGGUAUGAGGAGGUCCAGAAAAGAAGUAAAUUUAAAGAUGGAAAUGAAAAGGUGAUACUGUUUUUAAUAGUUCUUUUUGUCUUGUAUUUUGUUUCUUCUUUGUUCUUUUUUUUCUUUUUUUCUUUUUUUUUGGGAAUAUGUAUUGUGCUUUUUUGAAUUGUGUAUUUUUCGUCUAUGUUUUUCUGUUUAAUCUUUUAUUGAAACCUUAAUAAAUAUCAUUUAAAAAAAAAAAAAGGAAACCAAAGUUCGGAAGCUCCUACAGCCAAUCAGAAGCCCCGUCAGACAUUCGGGUUCCAGCAAACGUUCACAAACCGGAACAAUCGCUUCCAGGUUUGCAGCGUUCAGGAGCCAAAAUGUUUGACUCGUGUGAUAGGAAUUUUGAGGUCUUAGAUAUAUGGUAAUGUUCAUAAGUGUACCAACCAAGCACAUACAUAGAUCAGCACAGGAAGACCGACCUGGAACCAUUUUGAUUCCUAAACUGACCAAAUGUUUUCUCUGCAAGGUCAAAGUGGGAAACCUCCCCAUUGUCUUUCCUCACAAAUCCUGUGAGGAAAACAAGAAAAAAAAUAUUCUAAACGAAACAGUGGAUGUAUGAUUUUUGUGGUUCAUGCUGUGGCCACAGACAUGUGAUCUGACGGUGAGUUUGGGGUAGCCCAAUGCAAAAAUCCUGAGGAUGCAUGUGGACCCAUGCUUUGUAACCACGUUUUUGCACCACUGCGGCCCCAGGCAACAGUGGGUGCGUGAUUUUUUUGGUGCAGGCUGUAGCCAUGGACAUACUAUGUGAUCUGAUGGUGAAUUUGGGGUGACCCAGUGCAAAAAUCCUGAGGAUCCAUGUGGAUCCAGCUUUGUAACCACGUUUUAAGUGGGGAGGGAAGGAAAAGCACUCAACGGACAAGGAGCACGUGUGGGGUGGGUGGAGAAGGAUGCUGCUAAUAAUGCAGAAGAGCUCUGCUUCUCUCCCUCCUCCCUGGCUCUCUGAAAAACUUUGCUGCUAUUUAGCCAGCUGAGUGGGGAGGAGAGAGGGACAGAGAGCCUGCUUGCUUUAAAGGAGCCAACCGGCUUUGCUCCUUUAAAGCAAGCAGGCUCUUUGUCCCUCUCUCCUCCCCACUCAGCGGCUCUUCUCCCGCUUUGCUGUUUCAAAGCGAGCCAUGGAGGAGGGAAGGAAGGGGAACCAUGGAUCCUCUGCUCACGACUGCAGCAGAUCCCCCUGCCAUCCGUAGGCAUUCGCUCCAUAACACGCACAGACAUUUCCCCUUACUUUCUAGGAGGAAAAAAGUGAGUGUUGUGGUGCAAAAAAUACGGUAUUUAUCAUUACAAAAGACUGGCCAGGCUCCCCAGGCAAUCCAAUCACGUAACCUGCCAGACAGGAAAUAAACAAUGACAGGAGAAAAACAACAUUCAAAUUUCUAUUUUAGACCGCCUUUUUUGUGAUGUAGGUAUGAUGUAUCUGGAGGGUGGUCUUAGGUUACACCACUUCUGUGAUGUAUGUAUGAUGUUUCGGGGGGUGGUGUUGAUCUACAGGGUGGCAAUUUCCAAAGUCUUUAUAAGGCCUUGCGCGUCAUUUUUCCGGGUGAGGGGAGCACCCUGUUGCAACAGAUCAAUAAAGAUCAAGCUUACUAGCUGCUUUGCUUCUCAAUAUUCUCUGGUUGGCCUCUGUUAUUCUUUCCUACCAAUAGGGAACCUAUGUAAGGACUCUAUAGGGGGUCUUGGAUACCCCAUAAGGGAAAAGGGCAAUUUUUGUUUACAACACUCGCAAGGCGUUCAGGAUCCAAGGUAGUACGAACUGUAUGGCAAUCCUGUCUAGCCCUAUCAGCGAGCUGCGAUGCAACCAAACUUCCAACUGUUCUGAGGUUCCCCUCCCCCCUUCUCGCCCUCAACUAGCGCAUCCCAAGCGAUCCUCUCCUGACGAAGACCCCCAGCAGUGCGAGCCGGAAGAAGAGUUUGUCCCUGAGCAAAUGCUGCCCCCCUUUGACCCUGUCCAGCAGCAGCGGUGAGGCCAAAGAGAAGAAGGAAGGCCCCCCUAUCCCACAGAUUGAGGUCACGGCCCAGUCCACGACCAGCCAGGUGCAGAUGGUGAGUCCGUGAGGGAAUAUGGCCCCUCACCUCUAGAGAGAGACGGAUGUGUUCCCCGGGAGCAGGAGGGUCCCCUAGGAAAGAGGGGGGACCCCUUUAUCCUUUCAUUACCCAGUUUGUGGCCCACCCCAAGCCCCCCAGCAGGAGGGUGAUAGAGAAAUCAGGUCAGAUAAGCCGUUGAAGUGAAACGCGGCAGACAUUUUAAAAACACAGAUCCGUUGUACCGUAGGCAUCCAUUUGGAAGACAGGAACUGGGAAAUCUUUUCAUUAAUGUGAGAUACUAUAGUGGUACCUCGGGUUACAGACGCUUCAGGUUACAUACACUUCAGGUUACAGACUCCGCUAACCCAGAAAUAGUACCUCGGGUUAAGAACUUUGCUUCAGGAUGAGAACAGAAAUUGUGCAGCAGUGGUGCGGCGGCAGGGGGAAGGCCCCAUUAGCUAAAGUGGUGUCUCAGGUUAAGAACAGUUUCAGGUUAAGAACGGACCUCCGGAAUAAAUUAAGUUCUUAACCCGAGGUACCACUGUAUUUAAUAAUGGGUGUAAUUAGAGGUUUAGUUAGAGGUCUGACCCUUCAGGACUUGAAAACUCAGGUGGUUUCACUUGGGAAAAGUUGCUCAGUUCUGGAGAUGGGCUAUUUGUCCAUUUAGCUGUUUGCAGAGCUGGAAGGUCUUGGGUGUGGCUGCUUGGCGAAAGCUUUAUCGUAUUUCCAUUCCGUUACAGUGGUACGAUUUCUGUUCUUAUCCUGAAGCAAAGUUCUUAACCUGAAGCACUAUUUCUGGGUUAGCGGAGUCUGUAACCUGAAGCAUAUGUAACCUGAAGCGUAAAAUCAGUGCUGUUCUGAAACCAGUGGCUAAAAGACAGCAUCAUUUAAAAGGUCUGUCAUCCUCAAAUGGUGUCCGAUUGAUCUCAGGAACCAUAGUGCAAAAUUUGGUUGCGAUCACUCAAAUGUGAACAGAAAGACAACUUUCCAAAAUAAAUAAUAGGUUUUCAUAAUAAAAAUAGCAGUGAAAAGGAUUAUUGGGCACAUGGCUUUUGAAGGAGUGGCUUAUACUUAAAAAACAAACAAACUGCAAAACAAGAUGCAUAAAAUGAGGAAGGGGAUUUGUCCUCCAUGCAUGCCUCACCCCCCACUUUCCUGAAUUAUGUGUUGACUUUGAGAGCUUAAAAUGAAGUCCUUACCUUUUCCUUUCCGCAGGAUGCCCAAACCACCAAUAUGCCGAGCCCGCCCAUCACCGAAACAGAGGAGAGCAGCCCUGUCACCUUUUCCAGCAGCACCCCUCGCACAACCAGUGUGGGCCCUUCAUCAACCUCCGACAGGUUCGAGGGCAACAUUUGUUGGUGGGCUGGGCUUUGGAGAGCAGGGGCACUUUUCAGGAGUUGCAUGUGUUUCUUCACACACAGGCAAAGCCCAUCCUGGUUCCCCACUGAACUUCAGGGUUGGUUGGUUUUUUUCACUUGCACUGUUGGAGGCAAUGAAGCUCUCAAUGCCAGCUGCUGGAAAUUGAAGGUGGGGAGACUGUUGUUGGCAGCAGAGUGUGGAAGCAGGCCUCCUUUGACGAAGCGGUGGCUUUGUAACCGCUUGGCAAGCUGGUCUUUUAGAGUGGCACAGCAACAAAACCACUAGAGCAUUUGCAAAGCUAAGCAGGGUCCGGGAUGGUUUCAAAUUGGAUGGGGCACCAUGUGUUGAGAUUCCUGUACUUAAGGGGGCUGGACUGGAUGACCCUCGGGGGUCCCUUCCAACUCUACGAUUCAAUCCAGCCCCUGCAUCCAGUCCAAAAUCCAUACAAGCAAAUGGUGAAGGUCUCUCCAGUUGGGAGGCACAGGCCACCCACUUGCCCAGUGGUUUCUAUGUGUGUCGUGGUAAGAUCCCGCUUGCGGGAACAACCACCCGGAUGCCUGCCUCAUGCUUGGGCUUUGCACCUAUUGAGGCCACAAUCCAAACAGGCUUUGGCAGAGGGGCAAACUCCAGGCCACUGUGCAACUGGGGAGAGGACACAUUACAAGUGCAGCAUUUUAACCAAGCCCUUUCUGUAUCUGUUUCAGCGAUAGAGAGAAGAUUCUGGAUAAAGGUGACUAUUCAUUCUGUCGCUUUGGGGUUUGAUACAAUUGUACUUGUGUGUUUAAAACCUGCAUUGCAGGGGGUUGGACUAGAUGACCCUUGGGCUCCCUUCCAACUUUACCAUUCUAUGGUCCUAGAAUGGCUGCUCCUUAGAAGCUGCCCUGUACAGAGCCCCACAUGGGGGCUGGGGUGCCAAAGGGGCUCUCAGCCCCCUAGAUGUGGCCCCCAGGCCUCCUCUAGGCACACAACUGUGAGAUGGAUGCCCCCAAAGGGAAUCAGGACCCAGUGAGUUGUGAGCACAGUUUUCAUGGGGGGAGGACACGGGCUGGCAAGGAGUGCCUGUUUGUGGGGCCAGAACGACCUCACCCUGCUGAGGUCGCUUGGAGCACACCCACACCCUCGGCUUGGAUUGUAACACAGCCGUUUCUCACCUCUUUUCUUCCAGCUGCAGUUGAGAUGCACCUCUCCCGGGACACCGAAGCAGUCUCAGGACCCUUUGAGGUAAAUUGCCAUAGCGUGUUUGUGGAGAGGAAUGAGACCCUGUCCACAUAGAUCACCCAGGCUCAGAGAUCUGUACUGGUUGAAAUUUGCUAGAGGGACACAUAUAUAAAGCCCUUAAGAACUCAGGACUGGGCAAGAAAAGAGGCUGUCUGGGCUUAUCCACACUCUUUUCAGGUACGGUCUGAACUUAGAAGCUCUGUGUCAGAGUGCUUCACCCCCCUGCUCUGAAGCAGUGUUUCCCAAACUUGGGUUUCCAGCUGUUUUUGGACUACGAUUCCCACCAUUCCUGACCAUUGGUCCUGCUAGCUAGGGAUAAUGGGAGUUGUAGUGCAAAAACUUGGGAGACCCAAGUUUGGGAAACGCUGCUCUGGAGCUUUCCCCUGUGAAAACUUGCUCUUUAAAGCUCAAUAGGAGCAAACGGCAACCUGCUUAAAAUCUGAAUUGAUGUUUGCCCUGAUUGAGCGCUAAAGAGUGGGUCUUUGCAGUGAAAACUCCAAGGCAAGAAACAAAAAACCAUGCUUAGACACAGAGCAUUAAAGUGUGGAGCUGUGCCUGGAAAGAGCAGAGCAAAAGAGAAGCGUGGAUAAGCUCUCUUUCUCUCAUCCUGCAAUGGACUUGAUUAUCCUGACUUAGGACAAGGACAUUUUAUGUGCCCCUCUCUCCUAUUCCCUCCUGACCUCUUCCUCCUUUCGCAGAUCAUGUCUGUUUACCAGGACGUUCCAGAGUAUGUCAUAGAGUACGAACUACGUAAGUUUUCUUGCUGUCAGUUUCGGGGUGUGGACGUCACUUUUGUCCCUUGAACAGUGGUUGGGGGGCAGGCCACGCCAGGCCACCUCCCUCCUUAGGGAUGUGGAACAGGGAGGCUUCCAGCAUGACAUGGACAUGUCCACAUCAGGGAACCACAAAGUGGGUUUAUGUUCAGUAGUCCCACCCACAUACCUAGCCUUGCUCAGGAAUUUGAAAACAACAACAACAACCCCAAAAUCAGUGGAGUUUUGAAACCGGUGGUUUAAAUUGCUGUUUUUUUGAAGGUUCCAUCCACCAUCUUGAGUCAAAAUGGCAACCAAGACACCCCUCCCCCCCGCAAAUGGCUCCUUAAUCUCAGAAACCAAAGUAGUUUCCAAAGUGGGCAAUACCACCAUCUGGGGGGGGGGGUGUACCAUCCUUUUAGGGGGUCCUAAAAGGCAAGGGGGUGGCAGGUGGCACAAAUGAUUAUCAGUCUUUGAGACGCUGAUAUCACUACAUCAAAUUCAUCAGUUUUUUGUUGAAUUAAUAAAACUAAACCCUUUUAUUGGAUUUAGAAUAAAGGUGCAAUUAAUUGUUACUGUUUUGAAUUAUUUUGUUAUUAGCUUCCUUAGUGGGUCAUGCAAACCACUAUUCUGAAUAAUGCUUUGUAUAAGGUAGGGGGAAUCAGGGAUGUGUUUAUGCAGAGGGUGGUGGCCAAAAGAGUUUGGGAACCACUGUCUUAAGAAGUGUGCAAAUGCAUAGCAGAUAAGCAAACAAGUUUCCAAAAUAUAUAGGAGAUUAAGUUUAUUUAAAACAUUGAUAGACACACCCCAUGCCUUUCUAUUUUAAACAAUCCAAGGCAGCUUACACCAUUUUAGAAUUAAAAAACAAACAUUAAAAACCUGAACAAUUGAGGGGGCGGAGGAAACAAGAAUAGGUCAAAAUUUCCGUAAAUUUUGGCGGUGUAAAAAUGAAACAAAACCCAGACACUCAAGCAGCCAAAUGCUUAUCUGAUGGAAGACAAGUGAGGGUCUCGGCUGCCCGGAAUUUGUUGCCUGCGUUGCUCUCCAUCUAACGGGAUAUUGCUGGACUCCAAAUCCCAUUAGCUCAUGGGGCCAGUGUGACUGACCGCUGGGGAUUAUGGGAGUUGGAGUACACCCUUGCUCCCACUUGAUGCACUCACAGGGGCUGUGAGCGGCAGGUUGACUCCAUGACCAACCUCUGUUUUGGCUUCUCAGAUCAAGAGGGAACUGCCACCGAGCAGCAACCGCCACUCCAGCAGAAGCCCUCCGUCUUCGAGAAAGUCUCCAAUGCCUUGUCCAGAGUUUUCUCCCGAACGUCCGCCAGCAGCCUAACCCACCCCAGUACAUCCCAAGAGAAAGUCCCCAGCAACCAGGCCAUGACCGAACCCAGUACAUCCCAAGAGAAAGUCCCUGGCGACCAGGCCUGAUGACCAAACUCCUACUCCUACUCCUCCUCUACCUUUAUACAGCUGAGAGAAUAAAUAUUUUCUUCAGAAAUG